UGCUCUUCGGCGGUGAACCGGCAUUAUCGUUAGGAACGAACGAUCGUUGAUCGAUUCGAAUAUCGGUCAAUUUCAUAUCGCGAAUAAAAUACGCUUCGAAUCUCGACUCGGGAGGCACACCCGCCCUCCGUCCCUUCUCAACCCCCUCCGUAUAUUUUUCUCGGACUACUCGACGAGUAUCGAACGAUUCUUUCUCGAACCCUCGCCCCGCACGUAAUUCACUCGUACAUCAUCGAUUUUCGUUCCAUUCUAUCGAACUCUCUUGCUCUCUCCUCUCCGUCGUCGGACUCCAUUGAUUCGGUUCAUUCGGUUUUUCACUCGAGAGGUGAGCUUGCAAAAUAUAAUUGUGAUUCGACCAUAAAACAUUGUGGAUACGCGAGGCCUAAUCGCCGAGCGAUGCGAUCGAGUGAUCGAGAGAAGGAGAGUCGUGUUUCCGCGCAGUGAAUAAUGUCGCAACAUCCAUCGAGGCCUCCUGGAGGAGGCGGAGGAGGAGGAGGAUGGCAAGCACGACCGAAUGCCCCCAGCCCCUUUCGUCCUGCCUCUCCCUACAGCCCUUGCCCAUCCCCUCACCCCCAACAACAAUUCAAUCAAAUGGGCCAGCAUCCCCGGUCCCGUGGACCACCCACACCGGUCUAUCAACAUCAGUACCAUCAAACUUCUCAUCCAAUGUCCCCGAUGAGCUAUCCACCGGGCAUGAUGCAUCCCAUGAGCCCUGUUCCCAUGGGAAUGCCCAUUUCUCCGGGUAUGUCACCGGUCUUCGGCUGUCCACCACCCGGAUACAUUCAGUGCCCACGACCAAGAUGGCCAUCUCCUGUUGCAUCUGGAAACCCAAUGCCAAGGCCCUACAUACCUACUCACCGGCCUCAGAGCCCCAUGGGAAGUGGGAGCGGUUCGCCGGUGCCUUGUGGACCACCGGAGUAUCUGAUAGCUCCUUAUAGAUCUGGAGAUUACGAGUAUGUCGGUGUACCGCUGGAUCCAUCGCGAGCCGACGACGAGGAAAGCGGACCGAGCACCGCCGAAAUAAUCGCUAGUCAGAGUCAGGACUACGUCGACGAAAAAUUGGCCGAAUAUCAAGCAACGAUCCAGUUAUUACAAGACGAACAGGAACGCGUGCAGAAAAAAACUUUCGUCAACUGGAUAAACUCGUAUCUUUCGAAGAGAGUUCCACCUCUUCGGGUCGACGACUUGAUCGAAGACCUCAAGGACGGCACCCGACUUUUGGCUUUGCUCGAAGUUUUGUCCGGCGAGAAAUUGCCAGUGGAAAGGGGCCGGAAUUUGAAGAGACCACAUUUCCUCAGUAAUGCCAAUACGGCACUACAAUUUUUACAGAGCAAAAAAAUCAAAUUAGUGAACAUAAACUCAUCGGAUCUGGUCGAUGGACGACCUCCCGUAGUCCUCGGUCUCAUUUGGACCAUAAUCCUGUACUUCCAGAUCGAAGAGAACACGAGAGCCCUCGAGUAUCUCGGGCACAGUUGGGGCAGUCAGAGCAGUCUUGAAAGUCUUGGAACUCAGGGCUCAGCAGCCAGUGAGAGAAAACGCAUUAGCAGCGAGAAAUGGAAACAAGGAGCUCGCAAAACACUGUUGCAAUGGGUCACAAACGCUCUGCCAAAGGACGUGGGAAUCCAAGUAAGAGAUUUUGGCGAAAGCUGGAGAGAUGGAAACGCUUUUCUGGCGAUAAUCGACGUGAUCAGGGCGAACUUGGUCAACAUAGCAGCCAUGAGAGAAGCCUCGAACCGAGCGCGUCUCGAGACAGCCUUCCAAGUCGCUGAAGUCGAGUUAGGGAUUGCAAGACUUCUCGAUCCUGAAGACGUCGACGUUCCACAACCCGACGAAAAAUCGAUCAUGACCUACGUGGCACAAUUCCUGCACAAGUAUCCUGAACCGAAAUCAACCGGACCCGAUUCUUUCGCCGCUGUCCAGCAGGAGUACAAUUCCCUUCUCGCUUGGCUCAACGAACGGACGAGACACCUCGAACAACUCGAUAGAGCCAACGCUUUUCCAGCCAGUUUUGCAGAAUACACUCUCGCGCGAAUGGAGUCCGACGAGAAAGCCGGUGUUUACAAAAAACUGCAAAGUCUCGUCGACACUCCGAGCAUGAUCAGCAUCACUCGAGACUCUUGGACACACAUACAGGUUCUCUGGAACAAAAUGGAAUAUCUUAUGUUGAAAUGGCUUUGGCUGCUGGAUUCAUCGCUCCCGGGCGAGCUCGGUGAGGUCGGCAGGUGGCUGGCACUCGCUGAAAAUCUAUUGAACUCCGACGACGAUAUACCGUCAGAAAUGACGGAGGAAACAGCCGGCAUAAUAUCGAACAAGCUCGAAGAUCACAAAAAGUUUUUCCUCGACUUGCCAGAAAUGGUGGAGAAAUUUCAACGAGCAAAAAGUUCAGCCCUCUCGCGACAAGCACCUCCGGAACAAUUGGACAAUAUGACCGCUAGAAUUGAAAGUCUUCCGAUUCGUGCAGCAAAAAGACGAAUCAAACUCAAGUUUCUCGAGCACAAAUGUUGUCUCGUUGCUUUCCUCUUCCUCGUUGAGACGAAACUCAAGAGCUGGAGCGUGAAAUAUGGCACUGAGGAAAAAGUACAUCAGAUGCUCGAACAGUACAGAAAUUUUGUAUCUCGCAACCGAAUUUUCCAGGAAUUUCAAAAAGCCUAUCUCGACAUGCAACAAGUCGUUGAAGAAUACAAACGCGAAGGAGAUGUUGAUCACGAGGAGGCUGCGAAGAUCGAUCGAUUCAUGCGGGAGACCGGUGAAAAAUGGAAGAACGUAUCGAUGGACCUUCGUUGCGUGCAGAGCAUGCUCGAGGAGGUGGUGGCUUAUUGGCGUCGCUGGACGAGUGUAUCGGACGAAUUCGAAUCGUGGCUUCUGCGAGCUGAGCCAGCGCUGGCCUUACCCGAAGAAGAGAGGAUGGAAUAUUUCCAGGACAUAAGUGUGUGGAAAGACAAAUAUCAGCAGUUGUCGGACAGCGUUAGUUUCCUCAUAGCAACAUCGGACGAGCAGGUUGCCCUGCGCCUCAAAGACCGUUAUCAGAAUUUGUCAGGAAGGUGGGAGAGAUUAUUCCAGGAGGCGAAGCAGUACAUGCACGCGGGAGAUUUGUUGAGGAACCGCAAGGAUUACCGGGCCGGGGUUGAGAGCCUGCAAACCUGGUUGAGGAACGCCGAAGCAGCGCUUUCCACGUCGCAGCUGACGUCGACCGAAAGGAUCAAGGCGUACGGCGAGCGGCUCCAGGCCCUCCACACCGAGGUCGAGAGCAUCGAGGAACUCUUCAAGAAUAUAAGCAAAAAGUUUCAAACUCUCAUUCAAGAUUUGUCACGUGACGAAGUUGACAAGAUGAUGAACACUCUGAAAAAGGAAAAAGAAGCUCUCGUCCGAGUGAGGGCUCUGAUACCGAUGCAGCUGCAUCUGUAUCAUCAGUUGCUCGUGCAGCAAGAGUCACUGGAAGCUGGACAGAAAGAGAUAUCGAGCUGGCUCGACGAGGCUGAGCGCCUUUUGGCCGGUGUCAAUCUCGCCAGCGGCCGCGACGCCGCCCUCGUUCAAUUGGACCGUCACAAAGGAUUUUUCUCGAGGACGCUCUACUACAAAUCGAUGUUGGAGUCGAAGAACAAAGUUUUUGCGAGCAUCGUCAAGUCCGUGGACGCGCACGCGAACGUCGAGACGGCCGAAGGUGGGUCCGCGCUGCGCGCACUCAACGAACGUUUCGCGAGGGUCUCGCAAGCCUCGCAGUUGGCCGAGCAACGUCUCCAGGAGGCUGUGCGUUGUUGGGGAAAAUUCCGAGAUUGCGAGAGACAGAUAUCCGAAUGGCUGACCGCCGCGGAAGGACUGAUCAACGACAAGCGGAUCGACAAUCGUCAAUCGGUCGAACAUCACAAAAAUUUCUUCGGCAAAGUCAACGAACGAUGGAUUCAGGAUUUGAUAAACGCUGGACAGGAUCUCCGCAACGCGCUUCCCGCCGAGCAACAGGCUCCCCUCGUCGAGACUGUUGAAGCACUGCAGAAACGAUGGCGCGACGUUCUCAACUUUGCUCCCCUCCAUCUCAUGCGACUCGAAUUCCGCCUCGACGAAGUCGCCUUCAUGCAAUACCUCAAGGAAAUCGAGGUCGAAAUCAAUUCGGAGCAACAGGCACUCAUAAAAAACGACGAUGUCGAAAGCAUCAUCGAACGCAACAAAGAAUUCUUCGUCAAUCGAGGCGUCGUUCUCGACGUCGAACGGUGCUUACAAACUCUCAAGAAAAUCAGCUCCGCCUACUCACAACUUAAACCGAGCGACAGCAGCCUCAAAGAAGCCGCUCAAAGGGCUGAACAGCUUUGGGAAAACUCAGCACAGAAGGUCGAAUCACUGCGCGAACAAUUGCGCCAAGUACCCGAGCAAUGGGCUGCUUACAGGAAGAAAUUCGACGAAAUGGGAAGAUGGAUGGACCACGUCGACAAUACUCUCAGAACGAUUCUCAAGGAAGUCAAUACUCUCGAGGAGUUCGAAUCCGAAAAAACAAUAUUCCAGAUGCAGACGCUCACGAAAGUUUGUCACGAGGCAGACAGUAAGAGGGAAGAGAUGAAGUGGUUGGUCCAAACGCUGGAUAGUUUGACAUCGAACCGUUCGGAUCGUGAGGCGCUUACGGAGCAGCACAACCUCGAGCAGCUGAUAACUCGUUACAAGAAUUUGAUUCCAACGAUCGAGAUAACGAUGACGAAGACGGACAUUUAUUCGAAGAGUUACACGUACAGGAAGGAAGUGCGGGAAGUUUGUACGCUUCUGCGUAAAGUUCGAGAGCAGAGCGUCGCUGACGGGGGUCAAGAGAGCCCCGAGCGGUUGAAGGAUGCCGUGACCCAUCAGGAGACUCGUUUGGGUCAGCUGGAGCAGCAGCGAGCCAACAUCGUGAGCAUGCUCCAGCGAGGCAAGGAUUUGUUGAAGGAUCAACACGCCCCGACUUUCGUCUCGUCGGAGGUUCAACAACUCGAGCACAGCUGGAACGACACUUACGGGCAGAGCAUCGAGACCCUCAAGAGCCUCAAGGGAACUCAAAAGUUGUGGGAAACCUAUAAACAGCAGAGAGAAGACAUUCAAAAGCUCGUUGAACAAGCGCACCAAGAAUUACGUCGAUUCGACACAACGAGCUUCCACGACGCCGCUCAAGUGUCUUCCGAUCUUCAAACGAAGCAGGAACUCAGCAUGACUCUGAGGAAAUCGGCUGACGAAAUGAUGCGGAAAUUGCGCGACACGCAUUCCAGUCUCGCCGCUAUUAUUCCACCCGAAAGAAAAUCGAUUUUACAGACCGAAAUCACUGAGAUCGAGGAAAGAGUACAAACCGUCAUCGAAACCGUACACCAGCGUGUCAUCUACCUACAAGAACACAACACUCGCUGGUCCAAGUUCCAAACGAAACUCACCGAACUACGCACCUGGACGGUUCAGAGCGCACCGCAAUCCAUCGCCAAUAUUCAAGACUCCGGCAUAUCGCCUGAAGACAGAGUCCGCAAAACUGAAACGCUACAAAAACAGAUUUAUGAGAAAAUUACUAUUCUCAAGAUGCUCGAAGAAGAAUCCAAGGAUCUUCUCAAAGAGGACAGUGAGAAAGCGGAAGCUCGUCAGUUGCGCGACGACAUAGAGAAGCUGCAUACCGCCGUAGGUGCCUUAAACGAGAGUAUCGAAUCGCAGCGUACGAUUGCAACGAAGAAUUUGGCAACCUGGAAGGAGUACGAGGUUGGGAUUCAGAAGUUGAAGCCCUGGAUAGAGCAGGCAGCUUCACGAGCAACGAGUAUCGCUUCGAAACCGUCGUCGCUGAGUCAAGCUCGAGAAAUGCUGGAGAGCGCGCGAACCUUUGAGAAACAAUGCGAGGAGCGUCUUCCACGGGUUCAAGAAUUGUCUCAAGUGAGUCAACAGAUAGCCGGGAGAACGGCGGCUCCGGACGAGGUCGACGCGGUGUACACUCGAUGGAAUUCGAUCCACGACGUUGCCGUCCAAACUACAACGAAACUGGACAAGCUCGUUUCAUCCUGGAAUACUUUUGAGACUGACGCGAAAGAGUUUAAUCAAUGGCUGAACGAAAGCGAGAAGGCGUCGCUGAUAGAGCCGAACGUACAAACGCCGGAAGCGAGCAAGCUCGAGCAAGAUCUCAAUCGUCUGAAAGACUUCAAUAAAAUCAUAUCCGAUCGUCAGGCCCAAUUGAUAUCACUUACUCAAGUCUCGGAUCACAUUAGCCACGGACUUUCUCUAGAAGGAGCAACCGCUUUGAAGGCUCGAGUUACCGAGAUGAAAACUCGUGUCGGCAAGCUCGCUGACACCAUCAGACACCACAUAAACUUGGUAUCCGAUGCCCUGUUGUCGCGUCAAGAGCUCCACAUGAAGAUAACAGAUUUUGAAAAUUGGAUGGCACGUUUGCGAUCGAGCAUAGCCGAAAUAAGCGAGGUCAACGUGGACAACGUGGACGCGAAUCUUCAAGCCGUUCACGGCUACCUCCAAGAGCACACGGAAAAGCAGGCGAGCUUCAACGCCAUCUACGAGGAAGUGAAACGUCUCUUGGUCCAGACCUCGCCCCAGGAAGCCGCGAGCCUCGACGAGAUUUAUCGCAGUCUCGCCGAAAAGUAUAAAGCCCUCGAGGACGAUUUGCGCCAGAGGAAAAAAUGCUUGGAGAAAUGGUCGGAGCUGCUCAAUUGGCACAACGAAGCAACCGCGCAGUUGUCUCAUUGCAAGUAUCAACUGGAAGCGAGGAAACCCAACAUUGCCGAUCUUGAGAGACUCUCCGGGGAGCUGCAGACUGUUCAGUCGAAAAUCGCUAGCUGGAAGGAGCAAAUCCCGAUCGUCGACAGCUCCACGGGCAUUCACAUGCGUGACAAACUCGGCAAACCCCUCACAGCAUCGACUUUGGUCAACGAUCUCGAAGCCAAAUCCGUCACGCUGAGCACAGAGUUGUCCUCGAAACGAGACAAGCUGGAGAACUUGGGAGCCCGGUGGGACAACUUCAGGAAACUCCAACAAAAACUGACCGAGGAGAUUGUCGGUACGCAAACGAACCUCCAAGAGAUAACCUACGGAGUUGAUACCUGCGAUAAACUGGCCCAGGCCGUUGAGAAGAUCAGCGAUCUCAUUGACGAUCACAAGCUACGAGAGCCCGACAAGGAUCUUCUCCACCACGAAGGGAACAGCCUCGUGAAGGAGGACCAGAAAGCAAUGACCAAUGUCCAGGUCGUCGUUUCCUCGGUUGACGCCAAUUGGGAGAAGGUCAACGAGCUGUUGAACGAGCAGAAGAAAAAGUACGCCGAAAUGGAGGCCGAUUGGCGAGCCUACGCCGAGGCUCGAGAAAAGCUCGUCAAGUUCAUGGAGGACUCGAAGAAUUUGUGCCAAGCCAGUAAAGAAGUACCGAAUGAUGUAACUCAGGCAAGCGCCGCUUUGGAAAAGCACAAGAGAGCUUCGGAUGUGCUGAAAAAGGGAAAACUAUUUUUGGACAAAAUGGACUCGAAGGCCCAGCAAAUCAUCAAGGAGGCUUCCCUCAUGCCUAAUUUCAAAUCCGAAUCCAUCGAAACUGAUGUCUCGAGAGUGAGAGCCCAGUACCAAGAAACUUACUCGAGCAUCCUCGACAAAAGCCAGUCUUACGAGACUCAAGUGAUUAUUUGGAAACAAAUCGAAGAAGCCAAGUACGAACUGACCCGUUGGCUGAGCGACACUAACGAGGCUCUGAGCAACGCUUGCGAAAGGCUGACCGAUGCGGAAAAUGGUCAAGUCAGAUUAGCCAGAUACCGCGAAGAGUUGCCACCUCAUCGGCUCAUCCGCCAAGGUGUCGCUACCAAAAGUGAACAGUUGAUAAAAAUCAACGGCGACGCCGAAAUGCCGACCCUCAAAUCCCUCAAUAAGUUGUUGGACGAUCAGUUCAAUCUCGUGAAAGAAACAGCCGAUAAACUCGAGUCGAUGACUUCGAGUUUGAGCGAAGCCGAGCGAGGCAUACGUCAAGAUUUGAAGAGGUCGAGCGAUGCCGUGUCCAAGAUACGCGAGGAUAUAAUAAAGUGCGACGAUCUAACGGGCGAAAACACCAAGAUCCUUGGACGCAUCAACAAGUGCCAAGAGCUCAAAGCAGAGUUGGCUAAAGCGAGUGACAAGCUAUUGGAAAUCGAGGAAAAGAUCAGAACCGCUGGCAACGCUUAUCCGGCAAUAGCGAGGUCGAGUUUACCGAAGGAACUUCAAGCUCUUCAGCAACGGCGCGAGGGUGUAGCGAACCACGCCGACAAGGUCAGCGCGACUCUCGUGGCCUUUUUGACGAAAUUGUAUCACGAGAAAUUCGGCGCGCUGCAACGCAUGGUUGCUACCCACAAGGAAAAAGUUCUUUGGUGCGAACCGGAAGAAAGCAGCGACCGUUACAACCUCGAGGUCAAAAUGGCUUCGUUGCUCGACGUUGGCGCUGGAAUCGUCGAUUGUGAGGCUAGAAAAGCCGACACCGACGGUUCCCUGGCCCUUCUGGAAACUGUUGAGAGCAACGAGACGACGGUCGCGCUCAGGGUCGAACGCGACAAAGUCGCUGCCGAUCUGGAGUCUCUCAAACAGAGCCACGCCAAAAUAAAAACCGUUCUCGAGCGCAAUAUCGCUCUUUGGCAACGAUAUGAACUCGGCUCGGAAAACGUUGUUUCGUGGUUGAAGGACAUGGAAAAUCGGAUCAGAAGCGAAGGCUCGUGUCUCGUUGAAUUGCCUGACGUCGAGGCGAAAAUCAAGGAAAUUGACAAUCUCCAGAAAAUUGUUGUCGGCUAUCAGACCGAAGUUGACGAACUGACCACCCUCGGUGGAGAAAUCCUCAAAGUCAGUCCGGAAUCCCGGGUCGGACAGUACGUCGGACACCUGAAUACCCGGUACCAGGCUAUUAUCAAAUUUUUAUCACAACACUCAAGAAAAUUACAAGAACUCAAGGACGGCAGGGACGAGUACAAGACUCACGUCAGAGAGUUGGAGGUUUGGAUCAACGAGGCUGAGAAAAAGCUCAAGAGCUUCGAAGGCAUCAGCGGCCCAAAGCCCAUCACGUUCUACCAAUCGAGACUCAAAGAGCUCAGAGCUUUUGCCAACGAUCGCGAGAUGGGACAAACCGUUUUGAACAAAACUGCCGAAGCUGGUGAAGCACUGUUUCCUCGUAUCACACCCGAACACAGGGAAGCGAUGAGAGGAGAAUUGAGGAAUUUGAGAAAUCGCGUUGAUGCAGUCUCCGAUUGGGCCAAUUUGAUUUACAAGAAGAUCGAAAGCGACAUGAUGCAUCGGUCUUCUUUCGAGGACAAAUAUUCUCAGGUGAAACAAUGGCUGAUUGACGCUCAAGCAAAACUGGGCGACAAGCAAGACCUCCUGCCGAGUCUGCAAGAGAAAAAGCUCGCGCUACACUCGUACAGAGCAAUAGCCCAAGACGUCAGUGUCCACCGGAACAUUUUGGAGCAGCUUCAGGAAAGACUGGGCACUGUGCCGGAUGACGAGGCCAGUGAGAUGCUGUCAAGCGUGAUCGAGGCUUACGAGAAGCUCUCCGGAGACGUGGAAGAUCGUAUAGGCAUCGCGGAAAAGCACGUUUCGAAUCACGAGGCCUACUUGCAGACUUUUGACAAAGCGAAGGAUUGGAUAAGUACGAUAGUUAACGAGGCGAGUGCUCUGAUCGAUGCUGAUCUGUCGGUUGAGCGAGAAUCAGCGAAAUCACGAAUAUCCCAAUUGGACAAUAUCCUCCAACAAAAAAGCGAAGGCGACCGUAUCCUGGAGGAUUGCAAUCAACAAUUGAACAUAAUUUUGGAGCAGACGUCGAUCGCUGGUCAUCCGACGUUGCUCAAAGGUUUCGAGAUCCAGAAGAAAAUAUGGCAAGACUUCUUGGGGCAAUGUACAGCGACGCGUGAGAAAUUGAAUCGGAUGUUCGACCAAUGGGCGGAAUUCGAGAAGGUUGUGGAGGCCCUGGAGGCAUGGACGAAGAAUAUCGAAUCGCAGGUGAAGGACCAGAGUCUCAAGAGCACCGAGGAUGCGAAGAGAGCUUAUUUGACGAAGCUGAAAAAAUUGGAAGAGGAAAUCGCUGCGAAGGCGCCCGAGUUCAACGCAGCUGUGGAGCGGAGGGAAGCCGGAAUCGAAGCCGAAUCCGAACUGGCGAGUAGGAUAUCCCGGCAGGCAACGAAAUAUCAGGCUCUGAGAAAUCAGGCGAAAGAAGCUGUCUCGAGAUACGAGCAAUUCGUCCGAGAGCACGCAGCGUUCAACGAGAGAUACAACGAUUUCCUUGCCUGGGUCAACGACGUGCGCGGGGAGCUCAGGAAACACAGCGAGAUCGUCGGCGACCUCACGGUCCUUCAGAGCCGCCAGAAAAACAUUCGCGAUCUCGGAGACACGAGGACGAAAGAAAACGCUCGUUUCGAAUCGGUAAUCGAUCUCGGCGAAAAAUUGUACGCCCAAACAUCCCCCGACGGACGUGAAAUCGUUCGACAGCAAUUGAGAAAUCUUCGCACUCUCUGGGACGGCUUCAGCGAAGAUUUGCAAAACGCGACACAGAAAUUGGACCAGUGCCUCAUGCAAUUCGCCGAAUUCUCAUUGUCUCAGGAACAACUCACAGCGUGGCUGCGAGAUGUCGAACGCGCGAUGCACCAGCACACCGAACUCAAAUGCACCCUCGAAGAGAAACGCGCCCAACUGCAGAACCACAAAAUCAUGCAUCAAGAGAUCAUGUCGCAUCAGACUCUGGUCGAGUCCGUGUGUGACAAGGCUCAACAACUUGUCGAUCAGACCAAAGACACUUCUCUGAACGUCUAUCUCCAAUCGAUCAAACAAUUGUUCCACAAUAUCGUGGCUAAAUCCCAAGAUUUGCUUGAAAAUCUCGAAGACUGUGCAGACAAACACCAUCGUUUCAAUAUCGAAUGUAAAAAGUUCCGCGAUUGGCUCAACUCCGAGCGUGAAAAGUUGAUCGACUGCAAUGAUAUCACCGGCGAAAGAAGCGACAUUUCACGGAGGUUGGCCAACCUGGCGACGCUCAAGGCUGCUCAGAAUCAAGGCAGAGAACAACUCGCCAGGAUUAAAGAAUUCGUCGAUGCUGUGGCCAAGAGCACUGCCCCCAAAGGCCAGGGUGCUCUGACUAAAGAAGUCAACAUUCUCGAAGCGAGUCUGCAGCAACAUCUCAGCGAAAUUGAAACCAUCGAAUCGAAACAAAACGCAGCUCUACAAAAAUGGCAAGACUUCGAGGCUCAGUUGGACGUGCACACUAAAUGGUUCCGCACGAUGGAAGCUGCUUUCAGAGAUCAACAGCUGCAGCCGAACCUCAUCGAAAAGGAAGCGAGACUUCGUACCUUCCAAGAAAAACGUGAAACGAUUUUGAAAGCUGAGAAAGAGAUCGACGAAUUCGUUGACAAAUCUCACAGUCUCUUGCACUCGAGCGGGGUUGAACGCAUCAAACCUUUGGUAUCACAAAUAAGCAACAGGUAUCAAUCAUUGCACGUGUUGAGCAAAGAAGUGCUGAACCGUUGCGAGUCGAUCGUCGACGAGCACAGAGCUUACGAGGACAAAUUACGAGCGAUCGAUGCUUGGCUCACCCCUCUGGAGCAACAUCUCGUGGCUCUGAAGAAAGAAGAAAUCGGGGGUAAUCUCGAGGCUAAAACAUCGCGUCUCCAGGUUCUCCUGGCGGAACGUGAACAAGCUGAAAAUCGUUUGGCGAGUUUGAACGCAGCUGGCGAGAGAAUUCUUCCUGCAACUUCGGCUCAGGGACGCGAAACCAUUCGACAGGAGCUGAGAAAGACUCGCGAACGAUGGGACAACCUCGCUGAGGGUAUCCACGAACAACAGAAAAAACAGGACGCUCAAUCCUUACAGUGGACCAGCUACCAGGACACUUUACAACAAAUUUUGUCCUGGCUCGAUAAUAUGGAACGUGCCACCAAGGACUCCUCCUCCACGGCUUGGUCUUCCCUGCAGGAAAUUCGAUCGAAGCUGCUCAAGGGAAAGACGAUGCACCAUGAGAUUCUGGCCCACAAGCGCAUCGUCGAGGCAAUAUCCGAAAAGGCGAACGCCCUGGCUCAAGUAGCGCAAGUCCCGAGCGACAUUCGCGAGACGGUGUCCUCGGUGUCGAGUCGUUACGAAAAACUCGUUGACGCUUCGCAAAAGAGCAUCGCCAAUCUCGAAGGACUCGUCGACAUAUUCCAACAGUUCCAAGAUUUGCAAAAGGCUUAUCAGGAUUAUCAGAAACAGCAGUGGGAGAGGUUGGCUAAUUACAGCGAUUACACCGGAAACAAAGCUACUUUACAGGCGAGAUUGGCCAAAGUAAUCGAGAUUCAGGAUAGCCAGUCGGAGGGAGACAUCAAACUUAAUGUUCUUGCAGAACACGUCGCUCACAGCGCCCAAAGUUUACCUCCCAGAUCCCAAGAAUUCAUGGAAAGGGAUUUAGCUAAUCUGAGAUUCGACCAAAAGAAGUUUGCAACGGCAGUCAGCGACGUAGUGCGAAGUAUCGAGGAGCGAAUCCAGCAAUGGAGCGAGUACGAGAAUUCUCUGGAGCGUUUGCUGGCCUGGCUCUCGGAAGCUGAGGCAUCUCUGAAGAAUUAUGCUCUCAGGAAUACUCUCGACGAGAAGAAAGAGCAGCUCGAAAGAUAUCAGGAACUACAAAAAUUAAUGGAAACACGGACUUCGGAUCUAAGCGAAUUGAUCAGCAUCGGCGAUCACUUGGAUCAAGCUCUCAUCGUGAAUCUGCGACACCACGAGGCUGAGUUCGACAAAAUAAGCGAUGAUUCCUCCGAACUAAUCGAGAUCAGCGGCGAGAGCAGAUUUUCUGCCAGCGUUCAACAAGUUACCUCCCGAUUCCAAUCGAUUCAAGCAACCGCGAAGGAGCUCGUGAAAAAGUGCGAACAAGCCGUUACCGACCACGCGAGUUACCUCGAGCGUUACAAGCAAUGCACCGAGUGGCUGUCAGCCUCGCAAUCGCAGUACCAAUCGACGCGAGGGAACGCGACAGCGACGAGACAACAAUUGGCAAUGAACGUGGAGACUUUGAGGGAAUUAAUGUCGCGUCAGGCUUCAGCGAUUUUGUUGAUGAACAACACGGUCGAGGCUGGUGAACGCUUGUACCCGAGCACGGGUGCGGAAGGACGUGAAAUAAUUCGACAGCAAUUAUUGGAUCUUCAGCAAGCUUUGGAGAGUCUGUACGACGGUGUGACGGCGACUGAGCGUGAAAUACAAGUGAAAAUAUCCCGUUGGUCAGGAUUCGACGAGUCGAGCGAAGCUUUCAGCGAGUGGCUUGACCUGAUGGAGGAUCAAAUGAAAACUGAGAUCGAGUUGAAAACUACACUCGACGAGAAAAGAGCUCAGCUCCACAUUUAUCGCACCUCGUUGCACGACGUCCAAGCGCAUCAACAAGACUUGUUCGACUUGUCUGACAAGGCUGACAACCUGCCGGAUCGUACGGAAAAAAUAGACAAAAUUCUUAAUGCUCUGACGAAAAGACACGCUGCGAUACUCAAACGAUUGCACGGCUUCGUCGAGCGUUACGAGGGCAUCGUAAGCGACCACCAGCAAUACAGCAAGGCUGUUCUCGACACCCACGAGUGGCUUGAUGCCACCCACAACGCCGUCAACAUGUGGGGCGAUGCCGAACUCGAAAGAGUCUCCUUGCACACGAAUCUCGAUCGCCUGAAAAACUUACAACUCAGCUUACCCGAGGAAGAGCCCCGAGUCCAACAGAUCCGAGCACUCGGCGAAAAGGUCAUUCCCGGCACACUCGAAUCCGGACAAAUCAACAUUAGAUCUCAAAUCGAUUCGUCCCAACAAGAGUGGGAAGGCUUAGCCUCCGCUAUCAAAACGACCAUCGAUACACUCGAAAAUAAAUUGGCGCAAUGGAACGAAUUCGAAGCCAUGAAGGAACGAUGCCUCAUCUGGAUACGCGACACCGACACGAAGCUCCAUGCUGUCGAUCUCAAAGCCACUUUUGCUGAGAAGAAGGAACAACUCGAAAGGCUCAGACUUCUUCAGGGCGAGGUACGAGCGAAAGAAUUGGAAAUCGAUGCCGUCAGCGAACGAGCCCAACAACUGCAAAAGAACGUGUCAUCGAGAGCAUCCAAUGUGCCUGAGCUUGGAAUAAAAUAUCAGCAGAUAUCGAGCAAAGUGAAAGAACUGAACAAUCGCUGGCAACAAUAUGUUACCAAUCAUCAGGACUUUGACAAUCAAUUGUCCGAGUGUACGAGAUGGCUCGAGGGAAUUCGGGACAAGCUCGAUUAUUGCUCCGAUCUGAGCUCAAGUACGCAGAGGGAUUUGGAAAGCAAAAUGGAGAUUGUUCAGGAUCUUCUUUUGUACAAAGAGGAUGGAUUUGCUAAGGUUCAAGGAAUCGUCGAGUUGGCGCAAACGGUUCUUGCGAACACAGCACCCGCUGGCCACCGCUCGAUAAACGAGGCCUUGGCAAAUCUCCAGGAGCAAUGGAGUGCGCUGGCUUCGAAGAUGCUCGAAACGAAAACGAACCUGGACGACUCGAUAAACAAGUGGGCCGGCCUCCUCGAGCAAAUCCAAUCGAUCAACAAAACGGUCGAAUACAUGCAGGCUUCGAUCAAUGAGAUAUCGCAGUUCCAGACAACGAUGACAGAGAAAAGGUCACAGCUGGAGCGCAUCAAGGCACUCGAAGAAAAAGUACGAUGCGAGAAUAUCGAAGUUGACAGUUUGAAGACAAAAGUGGCAGAGAUGAUUGCGAGCAGUCAACAGGGUGUCGCAGCCUCCGAGGCACAAGGCAUACUCAACAAAUUUGAUGUACUUUUUGAGAAAAUCAAAUCGUUGCUCUCUGAGAAGGAAGAUCAGUACAAAGAUCACCGUUUGUACAAAGAGGCGCAGGACGACCUCGUUGCCUGGCUGAGUAGAGCUCGAGAAAAAAUGCCAACGAUGAAGCAGCGCUCGCUGAGCGACAAAUUGGCCAUUGAAAACGCUGUUGCCCCACUCGAAAGUCUGCUAAACAAAAAAGCCCAAGGCGAAUUGUUGGUUGAGCAUUUACAGCACACCGGACAAGUCGUCUGCGCGAGCACGAGUCCCCAAGGUCAAGGGGUUAUAAGAAACGACAUAAGGGCUUUGACGGAGAGCUUUGAGAGCCUCUUCCGAGACAUACAACAGCAAAAGGAUCAAUUGGAAUCGACGGUGAGCCAAUGGAGAGAUUACAAGGACGAGUAUGAGCGGCUGAGCGAUUGGCUCCAACAGUUUGACAUUCUCAUCAAAGCUCAAAAGAAUUCGCUCCUCCCGAACGUCCAGGAAAAGGAGAAGCAGGUCAAAGAGGUCAAGGACAUACUGGAAAAUUUGACGAAGGGACAGGAACAGAUUGACAAAUUCAAUAAAACAGCUGGUGCCUUGCUCUCCUCACAAUUGGAUACUUACAUAAACAACCAACUUCGACAUCUCAACUCACGCUAUCAGGUGCAAGUGAAUCUUGCCAGGGACGUUUUGAACAAAGUGGAAACGAAUCUGGCACAGCAUCAAGAGUACGAAGCUAAUUUGAGCAAAGCACGCGAAUGGAUCGAGAAUGCGAAACAAAUAAUACGGCAAGGAAGCGAGGCCGCGUCCUCGAGCAGCCGCGAGGAGCUUCAAAAUCGGCUGGACAAAAUUCAGGAGUUACUGAGAAAAAGAGAGGAAGGACAAAAUUUGGUGCAUCUGACGGUCAAUUGCGGAGAAAAAGUCGUCCGCAAUACGAGAUCCGAUGGUCGCGAAGAGAUCAAUGCACAGCUCAAAGAGAUUCAGAACGACUGGGAACGCUUGGUGAAAAAAAUAUCAACGACGAAAGUUCACCUCGAAACGAGUCUAUUGCAAUGGGCCGAUUACAGCUCUUCGUAUUCCCAAUUGCAACAAUGGAUCAACGAUCGCGAAGCGAAACUCCAACAGGUCUGCGAGCACAAAGUUUCCAAAGCACGGAAAGGGCUUGCUGGCCUGAACUCUUUGGCCAUAGGCGAGAGGAAAGCCAAUCUUCGCCAGACGAAUAGCAUCGUUCAAGACAUCGUUGCCUUUGAACCUAUGAUACAAUCGGUCGCCACCAAAGCUGAAGACCUUCGACAAGCUACACCAGCCACCGAAAUCUCCAUCAAAUACGAGACACUCAGCAAACAAGCGCAGGAGCUCUACGCCAAACAGAAAGAGACUGUUGAACAGCACCAAGCCUUCAUCGACAGCGGUAACGAAUUCGUCCAAUGGAUCCGCGUCGCCAAAGAACGUCUCGGAAAGUGCUCCGAACCAACCGGCGACAAAGAAUCACUCGCCAGUAAAAUCAGCCAACUCAAAGUCCUGGAGAGCGAACUUCCUGAUGGACAGAAAAAACUCGAGAGAGCUCUCGAACGUGGCAAUGCCGCGUGUCAAAUUGCCGAUUCCGAGGACAAAGAAAUUAUUGAGGAAGAAGUUGCCCUUUUGCAGGAAGAGUACGACAAUUAUGUAGACUCGCUGAACAGUACGAAGAGCUUGCUAGAAGUCGGAAUCGUCAAAUGGACGGAAUACGAGGACCAGUUUUCCGAGGCCGCUGAUUGGCUCACGCAAACCGAGCAGUUGGUGCAGCCCUUCAACAAACUGCAGGACAGUCUCGAAGAGAAGAAAAAUGUUCUGGAAAGGUUCCAGGUUCAUUUGCAGACUCUCUUCGACUGGCAGAAGGAACUCGAUCGUCUGAAUAUGAAAGCUCAGAUGCUUCUAGAGACGUGUGCAGAUACGAGGAUUUCCAAUGCUAUAACGCAACUCACUACGAAGUACAACGCUCUGCUGUCACUCGCCAAGGAAAUCAUGAGACGUCUUGAGUUGCACUAUCAGGAACACCAGCAGCACAAUACCCUUUACCAAGAGUGUCAAGACUGGAUCGAGCGUACUCGAGACAAGCUCGGCGAGUGUAAAGAGAUUCCGUCAACAUUGCCGGAAGUCAACAACAAGCUGCACACUUGCAAGGCCAUUAGGCAAACUCUCGAACAGGGACAGAACAAACUCCGCUAUGCCCUUGAGCUCAAAGAAAAGGUCAUAAUGAACACCGAGCAAAACGGCGCAGCCAAGAUACAAGAAGACACGGAGAACCUGAAGAGUGAAUUCGACAAGCUGUUGGCCGACGUUGAGGACGCCAGACAAAGACUCGCUGCGAGAGCUACCGCCCUUGAGGAACUGAACAAACUUCAUCGACUGAUCACCGAUUGGAUCGAGGAAGUUGAGGGUAAAGUCAGACCCGAAGAAGUUUAUCGUAAUGAUUUGAGCGAAAAACGUGCACUGCUGGAAAAAUAUCGCACCGCGCAGAGAAAUAUUCAAGGCCAUGCCGAUACCAUUGAUCGCUUGAAGUCUCGUCUUCGGGAAGACCAGAGCAUUCCCAAAGGUCCGUAUGAGACUACCAUUGGGAAGUACGAAGAACUCAAACGAUUGGUAACGGAAAAAAUCAAUAAUCUCGAGGACCAAGUUGGAGAACACGAAAAAUAUCAACAAGCUUACAACGAAGCUGCCGAUUGGGUGAGACGAACGAAGGUUGAAAUUCAACAAUACAGCAUGACUCACGGCGAGCGCGAAAAGGUUGCCGAGCAUGAAAAGAAGAUCAACGAGAUCGCGUCGACGAUGCCAAAGGGGGAGAUCCUUAUAUCGAAGGUUUCGGAUCUGAGCGGGACGGUGAUCUCAUCUUCAGGCCCCGAGGGACAAGAAGCCAUACGGCAGGACGUCAGACAGUUGCAACUGGAUUGGAAAUCUCUGCAGACUAGUUGUCAGGAGUCUCAGCGGACUCUGGGUAAUUGUAUAAACAUGUGGUCCCAAUUUUCGACGGCUUUGGACGCGAUGAAGAAAUGGCUGGAUCAUUUCCAAAAUCGUGUCAACGCCGAACAAUCUAAGGAAAACAAAACGCCGGAAGAUUUGGAACGUUGCAAGCAUCUGGUUGACGAAGCAAUGCGACAAAAACCUGUGCUCGAAGAAUUGAAUGACAAAUGUGAGGCUCUGCUGGAAAUGAGCGCCUGCAGUUGGGCCAGAGACAAAACUGUUCAGUUGCAAUCAACCUACACUGCUCUGUUGACCGAGGCACAGGGCCUGGUCUCCAAGGUCGAGAAGAAUCUUUCCGAUCACACCGAAUUCCUCAAGGCGAAGAAAGAAAUGGUCGAUUGGCUGCAAACUGCUCACGGCUCUGUUCAAGAUUGUGUGGGUCAAGGUGACAUUGCCUGGGCCAAGGACAAACUGGAGACGACCAAGAUGGUAGCAACUCGGGUCACCGAAGGUCAGCAUCUUUUAUCGACCUUGCAAAACGCAUUCGGCAAAGCCAUAAACACAGCUUUACCCGAGCAACAGGAGCAAUUGCGCCAAGACAUGGCGGAAUUGCGUUCCAGUUGGGAGAAACUGAGCAUCGAUCUGAAGACGGUCCAGGCCCAGGUGAAGUCGAUCUUGACCAGAUGGGAGGACCACGCGGAAGCUUACGAAAGAUUCAAGCAAUGGCUCGACGAGACGGAGAGCGGAAUGCAGAACGUGCCUAACACGAAGGGCGAGAUAGGCGAGAUGAAAACGCUGCUGGAACGUUGCAAACACAUUCAGGAAGAGGUAACGAACAAAAAGUCAGAUUUGGAUCAGAUCCUUGAGGAGUCAACAGAAUUAGCGAGUUGGGCUAAGAACAAUGCGAGCAUAGAAGAGGCGAGGGUUCUCGAAGCAAGGUGGAAAGCUCUGGGUAAACUUGUUGGAGAACAAAAAGAAUUGGUGGAGAACGAGAUGCAAGAAUACAACGAUUAUCACACUGCUCUCCAAGACACCGAAAAGUGGUUGUUGCAAAUAUCCUUCCAGCUGAUGGCCCACAAUUCUCUUUACAUUACGAACAAGGAACAAACUGUACAGCAGAUAAAACAGCACGAGUCGUUGCUCGAAGACAUUCGCAAAUAUCAGCGUCAUCUCGACGACCUCAAGGCUAAGGGACAGGCGCAGAUAGAUCGUUACAAAUCCGUUAAUCCUGCAAUUCAAUCAACGAUACAAACCCAAUUGCAAAACGUCCAGGACAGUUACAACUCGUUGUUAGGUACGGCGGUCCAAAUUAAAAAUCGUUUGGACGAGUCUCUCGCUAAGUUCGAGGAAUACGAAAACACUUUGGAGAGCAUCAUGAAAAAUUUGGACUCUUACGAGCCUGAAAUCGCUCGUGAACUGGAAGCUCCGCUCGACACUUUGGAGUCAGCGGAACACAGUCUCGAGGGAGCUCGUACUUUGCACAAUAAAUUGCAGGCUGAGAAAGCUCGGCUUGCUCAAGCUGUGGAAGCCUGCGAAGCCGCUGCUGCUUGUGUCUCCAGACCAGGAAGUCCUUUGGAUGCUCCACCCGUUCAAAUCCCUGCGAGAGAAGUGGAAGUUCGCACUCGACUCGAAGACCUCAUCGACCAGACUGAUAAGGACUCGGACUGCAGACUCGAAGCGCUUCUCGAUAGUCUCGAGCGCAAUGGUGUUUUAGACAAAUUAAACCAGAUGUGUCAAAAGAUGCAAACGCACUUGGCAAAUGUGACGAAAUCAGUUGGCGAAUUGGAGGAACAAGCGCGACAAAAGAAUGCUUUGCGAAGCUGGGUGAACCAACAGCGAGCAUUGUGCUCCGAAUGGAAAUCUCGACCGGCGAAGUUACGCUCCGAAGCGGCGCAAGCGGAACUUCAAGCUAUGAACGAACUGCUCGGCAGCGUGGGUGAGCGAAGAACUCGCGCCAUGACGGAACUCGCGAUCCUCCGUGACGGACAGGACGACGACCUCGAGGAUGGCCUCAACAAACUCGAGAUCGAAUUGGUCGAAGCGAUUGGCGAAAAACAAUCGACCCAAGAUCUCAUACAAAAGUAUCGAUCGCAGGUCCAGGAUAUACAGGCCUGGUUCGAUUCGCUGUCGAAAAAAGUCGAUGUCAUCGAACGUGGCAGCGGACUGACGAUUGGCCAGAAGAUCGCAGCCGUUAAGGAGAUUACCACUGAAUUUGAAUCCCAAGGACCCGGACGGCUCGACGAAGUUAAAAAACUCGGGGAUCAAGUUAUGGAUUCCGUUAGCAAUCUCGACUCCCAGCAGAUCGAGGAACAGAUCAAAUCGGUUGAACGCCGCUACGCCGAUAUUGGCAAAAAGUUACAGAGGAAAGCACAAGUUCUGGACAUGACUGCUCAGGGCAUCGAAGCCACGAGGAAAGAGAUCGAGGAUAACCGCGAAUGGAUCGGCGAGAAAAAACAACAGGCUCGGGCUUCUGGGUUCUUGGGCUUCGAGAGCAAACAGGCAGAAGAAAAAGUUUCCGCACUCAAGGCAAUGUUGAAAGAAGCCGAAGGAAAGAGCGUCGUAAUCGACAGUCUGGAGAAGCGAGUUGGAAAUAUGCAGAACGAGUUGGAAUCGAGCGAGCAGCAGCAAUUGGAGUCGGAUACGAAGGCGUUGCGGGGCGAGCAGGCGGAAUUGUGUUCGAUCCUGCGAGAGGAAAUAUCAGCGGCAACGGCAGCAGCGGAUGCUCGGCGCAAGCUCGAGGCUGACCUGGAGAACGCGAGGUUGUGGAUUAAAUCGAAGCACAACGACUUGAAGAAAUUGAGCGGUUAUUUGCCAUUGAGAGCGGCCCGAGUGGAGCAAGAUAUGAAGCAGCACGCAGGCUUGGAGGCGGACGUGAAAAAGUUCAACGAGAAGAGCCUCAACGACGUGCUCAAGCAGGCGAACAAUAUGUUGAAGGAAUGCAACGAGGAGGACCGCGCGAGACUCCAGUCGCUCCUCGACGCCAUCAACCAGGACUACGAAGGACUGCAACGCGAAGCUGCGGAGAAACAAGCUUCCCUCGCGGAUCUGUUGCAGGGUCGUAAAGCGUUCGAAAACGAGAUCGACAAGUGCCAGAGAUGGAUAAAGGAGGCCGAGACAGCAACGUCCUCGGAGAUUCGCACGUCCAGCGUCGAUUUACUUCGCGAGCAGUUAGCCAAGUACGAUCGCCUCAAACAGGAGGCCAAAUCGUACGGUGACGACGUCGAAAAGAUCAUGCAACAGGGCAAGUCGAUAUUGCCGACCGUCAGUGACGCGGACAAGCUCGAACUGAACGAUCAACUGAAGAACAUGAAAGACUCGCACAGCCGGGUCGCCGACAUCAUCAACGAGCGAGCAUCUUCUCUGGAAAAGAGUAUCGCCGAGGCUGAAGAAGCUGCGGCCAGAGUUGCCGAAGCCGUACAAUUCAUGACCGACAUCCAACGAGAACUGCAGGAUUUGAACAAACCUAUCGGCUCGAGGGUGGAAGACGUCGAGGGAAUGCUCGACGCCUACGAAAGAAUCUUGCGCGACCUCAAGGACAACAAAGCCAAACUGUCCGAUCUGCAGUCCGCAAAUGUCGGCGACCUUCACGGGAUCGUCGCCCAACAGGACGAUCUGAUCCGAGCUCUGGAAGCUCAGAUCGCUCGAUUGCGAGCGCUUCUGCUCCUGCGCCAACAAUUCCUCGCUCUCAUCACCGAAAUCAUGACUUUUAUCACAAAAUACACGGGCAUUGUCCACGAUAUCGAGAAACACGACGGCACUACCGAGGAAAAGAUUAAACGUUACGACGACGUCAUACUCAAGAUCCAGGAGUGCGAAGCCAGUUUGGCCAGUGCCACUGACAAAGGACAACAAAUAGCUGCGGACGGUUCAGCCGCUGAUAGGAAUAACGUCACCGAACAGCUCCAAUCCCUCAAACAACAAUUGCAAACGCUCAGGCGAGCUGUCGAGGCACAACGCGAACAACACGAACUCGCAGCUGCCGAACAUCGCAGAUUGGCUGAAGAAUUGGCUGACAUACUCGACUGGCUCGAAAACAAGGAAAAGGAAAUCAAAUCCCGACCACUCCUCGAACGCGCCGCCGAAAGCGUCGAGGCUGAAAUCGAAAAACACAAAAUUCUUUGCUCCAGCGUGAACGAAUACUUGGACAAGAUUCGUGAGAUGAAGGAAUCCGUUCGCCACGAGGAAGGGAUGCCCGGUUCGCUCAAAGAGAUGCUCAGCGAAGCUGUUUCUCUUCUUUCAUCUCUCCCCAGAGAAAUGGACGAUCGUGGCACAUAUCUCGAAAAUAAUUUGCAAAUGCGUCUCGAUUACAACAUUCUGUCGGACAAGCUGCACAGCUGGGUCAGAGAAGCUGACAUCAGGCUGGCCAGCGACAAGGAUGGCCUCGAUUUCGAGAAUAUUCUCAGUGACCUGGAGGAACAUAAGAUAUAUUUCAGUUCCGAAGCAUCGAUUCGCGAGCUCGUGUCGCAGCAGAUUCAACAGGCAGCCGAUAAGAUAUGGCCGUCGCUCAAUAGUUCGGAGCAAGAAGAACUGAGUGGCGAGCAACAACAGCACACACAGUUACUGAAAAACACACUUAACACGGCCAAGUCUCAACGUGCGCGACUCGAACAAGGCGCCGAAACUUGGCGCGAUUAUACUCAGACCCUCGAGCGAGUUAGGGCUGUUAUAGCGAGAACGAGAUUCACCGACGAACCCGUCUCAACUCUAGCCGGAUUGCAAUUCAACAUUCAAAAAAUUACUCACGCCCUCAACGACAUUCAGAAUCAACAAUUCGAGCUCGAUUUGCUAAACGAGCGUGGUCAAGAAGUACUGCAAUUGGCCGAUACGUCGAAUAAAAAAUCGAUCGAGACGCAGUUAUCGGUAACGAGUGCCGAAUGGCAAGAGCUAGUUUCCGGUCUCGAGGGACGUCGGGACGCUCUCGAGUUACUUUCGCGACACUGGGAGGAAUUCGAGACGAGAUGGAGCCAGGCGGAAACGCGGGUUAACGUUAACGAGGAGCGUGGCAAGCUCGUCGACAGCGUAGUGAGAUCGAAGCAACAACUGUGCGACACUAUUAAGGGGCUGGACGAAUUGAUGAGUGAGGCAGAAAAGCUCCAGCCUGCAACUGACGAGGUGAGAUCACUCGCCGGUCCUGUACUCACCUACCUCGGCGCCUUCGCCGAAACACCUGCACGCCAACUCGAGGAACGAAUCGAUAAACUUGAGAAGUCAGCGGAAGCGCUCGUCGAUUCGCUCCGGGAUAAAGCGAGAAAAGCGAGCGAGGAUCUCGAGUCUUUCGUCAACGACGAAAACGAAGUUAAACGGCUGACAGAACUCUUGGAAUCGGAACACGAUCGUAUAAAAGAUCUUUACGUGUACGGUGCCGAUCAGGAUAGGACGGAAGAGGAAUUGUCAGAGUUGAGGAAUAAACUCGAGAGGCUCGUUGAUUCGGUGAAGAAGUUUUCGGGAAGCACUAAGGCGCGGUAUCAAUCCAGCCAGCAGUUGGUACCGAGCGAUUUGGCACAGCAGUUGACACAAUUGGAAUUGACAGCGGAAAAUACGACACAAACGAUGGACGAGAAACAGAGGGAACAGAAACGCGCGAGGACUACGAGGAGCGAUUAUUUGAGGGACGUCGAAGAGUUACAAGCUUGGAUACGACAGGCCGAGCUCAAAGUUCAAGAUCGAUCGAUCGAACCGUCGAGAUUGCGCGAAUCGUUGCGACAGAUACAGAACGAGCUUGGACCCAUGUCCGACAGGCUCGAACGACUGACGAAAAAUGGCCAAACCAUCGCUGAAAAUACUCGCGACGAAGAGGAGAAAGAAAUUAUUGGUAAAACCAUCGGCAAUUUGACUGAUCAACUUGCACAAGUGAGGUCGUGGCUCGAUGAGAAGAAACAACAAGUUGGCGAUAUUAUGGACGCCUGGCAAAGAUUCCUCGUACUUUAUGACGCUGUCAAAACUUGGAUCGAGGAAAAGAGGGUUUUCCUUGUCGAACCCCUCACCCUCACCAGCCUCGUACAAACCAGGCAGAGGCUACACGAUUACUCGACCGCGGUAAAGAGCUGCAAACAGGUGAACAAGAAUCUCAGCGACAUGGGCAAAGAAUUGGAGAGUAUCGGUCAAGUGACGAGCGUAGGUGAUUUACCGGAGAAAUUAGCCGAGGUCGAGGAGGCCAAGGUUCAGGUCGAGGGACAAUUGUUGGAAAGGAACGCUUUACUGCAAGAAACGAGCGAGGAAUGGGAACAAUGUGAGAAAAAGAUGAAAGACGUUAAAGGAUGGCUGGAGAAGGCGCGACAGAGCCUCGAUUCGGCGCAAAAUAAAAAGAAACCAUUGCGCGAUCAGCACGCUAUAAGAGAAAAAAUGCUUAGCGAUAUUGCUAUACAAAAAACAAAGAUAUCGAUUUCGGUGGAAAAGCUUCAGGUACACUUCCGUUCCGGUAUCGGUGGUGAUAAUCGUAUAAGCGAAACGGCCGACGAGAUGAUCAAUGAGCUCAACAGUCUCAAUGACGUCGUCAAGGAACAAACCAAUUCUUUGGAAGCUUGUCUCGCACAGAUCGAUCAGUACCAACAGGAAAUUCAGCAACUGCGACAGCAGAUAGUACAGGUGGAGCAACAGCUGAGAAGCGUGCUCAGCCCGACUUAUCUUCCGAAUGACAGGGAGAAGGCUUUGCAAGAGCAACAGGCCUUACAGACAAGCAUCGACAAUCGAAGGCAACGAACAAGAUUCCUGAUGGAUCAGAUUCAUACUCUGGACCCGUACUAUGUGCCGCCAACAGAAACGAACCCAUCGAGGCAACUUGGUCAGAUAUCAUACGCCGACAUUGCUGCCGGCCGUUCGAGCCCGAAUUCUCGAACGUCGAGUCCUUAUCGAGCUGGCCAACACGAGAAUCUGCCUCCUCCUUCGUUACAGCUGCUGGACACCAGUAAAAUCCUUCGUCCCGUGAGCGUGAGACCGAACGAGGUUGUUAAGACUGUUACGGAUGACGCGGACUCGGAAAAUAUUGAAAUUGAAGAAACUCCGGUGAAACGAGAGAAAACUCAUUCCGAGUGUAAAGAGCCGAAAGAGGUGAAAAUAUCUGGAGACACUUCCGCUGGAAAUAGCAGUAAAAACAAAAACUCGAACGCGGCACGUCGGGGACGUUCGCCGACGAGGAAACCCGCGAAGCUUCCUCGAAAAGAGGAAACGUCUGGGAAAAAAAAUAUUCCACAAAUUCAAGUUGCCAAAACUAAGGAACAGCACCAAGAGACGAACCGCAACAUCGUCCCGAGUAAAUUAACCGUCGCCGACGCUUCGAGCAAUCUCGCCCCAGUUGACGACUCCCGUCGACGAUCACCGAGUCCCAUUUGGUUACCGGGUUCAACCUCGUACGCCGAUAUACUCCGCGGCCGUAUGCAAGAGGCCAUGGCUGCCAAUAUGACGCAGCAAGAAAUGAGCGAAAUGAUUCGCCUUUCGGCCAGUGAACAACCGGAAGUUGCUCGUGACACCGAGCAUCCGGAGGUAGCUACCGGAAGUCAACGAGAAGUCUCGAACCUUGGAAAACCCAAAGAAUCAACGGCCCAAGUCACCAGCGAAUUGGACGUUCGAGGGCAAACCUACGACAAUAUGAGCCAUGUACCAUUAGACGUUCAAUCUUGUCCCUCUGCACCGACAAUAGCUUCAAAAGAACCUGGACACUGGCCGAAUGAGCAUCUCGUCGAUUACGAGAUCAUCGAUACCAAUGUUGUUGCGAGUCAUCAACCCACGGAGAUUUAUGACUACGUACAUCCAAUCCCGGAAUUGGUAGGCUACAUAAACACACAGUUGGGCACUUAUCCCGUUGGAUCUUACGUGUACGCGCUUGGUCCCCAACAAGUACAACAGCUCGAUCAAGUUACGAUCAAUCCGUACGAUAGUCACAUUACUUACGCUAACGAAAGUUACGUUCAUCAGGCGAAUUACCUCCCGAGCACGGAGAUCUAUCACGAAGCGAUUCAAGAGCCACAGAAGCAGCAAGCGCCUUCUUCGACCGAGAUGAUUUACCAGGUGCCUGCUACGGCCAAUCCGCAGACGCAGGAAUCAUGCACAAGCGAAGAAACAACCGCGACUUCUGCGGGUGUCACCGAAGCAGACAAUACGCUUUCACAAAAAAAGUCACCGACAGAAACGUCUGGACCGUCGAUAUCCUACGCCAAAAUUCUAUCCCAAGGCUUGCCGCCUCGAGCCACACCAUCGCCCACUAGAAGCUUGACCGCUGAACCGUCGAGGGGACGCUCGCACUCGCCGCACGAAGUUACGCCACCCGAAGCAAAAAUGGCGAAGAGGUUACCCAUUCGGGAAUCUGACAGUAAUACGAGUCAACAGAAAAAGUCUAAGGAACGUGACUGGGAUACGAUCAAGAAAAAAGACUCGAAGAAGAAGGUCCAACCGGAUGAGAAGGUCAAACGGAACGAGGACAAGGGAGAAGAUAGACAGAGGGACUCGAAGAAAGCUAAUAAAAAACAGAACGAACGAUCGGUUGUCCAAGGCAAAUGUGAAACGGAAGCCGAACGUACGAACGAAGAAUCGAGCACAGCAACGAAAACUAUUAAAAUUAACGAUACCUUAGAAACCGAUUCAAAGCAGGCCGAACAAAUAGCGAAGGUGGAAUCGAGCGCAGACCCCGCUCGUGAGAAGAAACGUAGACAGAAAAAGAAAAAACACGAAAAAAGCGAAGGUGACGAGAUUGAUCAAGCUCUGAAAGAAAUUGAGGAUAUGGAUAAACAACAGAAAAGUAAAAUACCGAGAGAAAAACCAAAGGAAACUGCGAAGCUCAAAGACAAUUCCAACGACCUACCGAAGACCCUCGAAGUCAAGCAGGACGGAAAAUCAAAGAGUGAUAAACCCACCGUAAUAUCCCAAGCGAAUAGCGAUUUUGACAAAUCUGUGGAGCAGUCUAAGCAACAAAGUGAUAACAAGACUAAAAAAGCUGCCGGCAGAGGUAAAGAAAAUAAGGAACAAGGUCAAGGGGCCAAUGUAGUCGAUGGCAAAGGAGGAAAAUUGACGGGAACGAAUACCGCGGACACCACGGUUGGAGGAAAAAAUAAAGAUGAUAAAAAACAAAAUGUUAAAACAGAAACUGCAGAGAAUUUGACUAAAAUUGUUAGCACCAACGUCAUUACCGAAAAGCCUGUUGAAAAACCAACCAAAGAAGGCACAGAUAAAAAAGAUCCUGCCCAGGUUAAGAAUGUUUCAGAAACAAAGGAAAAGAAAACUGCUGGUAAGAAAAAAGGUGGUGAACUUCCAACGGUCACUGCCAGCUCAGACAAAAAUGCGGACAAAGGAAAACAAGCAAGUGAAAUAAAGUCUACGACGGAACAAAAAUCCGAAGAUAAAAGCGAAUCGCUUUCCGCGGAACGGCAUGCGCCAGAAAAACCAACAACAAAGACAGUUGGUAAAGGCAAAGAGAAAAAAGAAACGAACAUUUCCGAUUCUAAAGGGAAAAAAGACGAUGCAAGUACUACAAUCGUUGACAAACCUUCGCAAAUGGCUUUGCCAGAGAAAAGUACGGAAAAGCACGUCAAUGAUGAAAAAACUCAGCCGCAAGAGAAGUCGCAAAUUUUACAGGAGCCACUUGUCAUGCAAACGUUGGAUAAAUCGACCAACAAAGGCAAAGAGAAAGACAAACCUAAAGCCACAAAUUUGAAGGAAAAGGAAGCUUCAGGAGAUCACCCCAGUAACGACAAAUCCUCGAGUACAACCGUAGCAGCAAAAAGUGCUGAAAAACAAGUCGAAGAACGGUCUGGAAAAGGUAAAGGUAAGAAGGCCGGCAACACAAACGUUUCUGAGACAGAUAAGACACAGUUGCAAAGCAAAACGGUAAUUGAGGCAUCAAAAACUACGAAAAUUACGGAACAAAGUAAUCGAAAAGAGAUAAUUGAAGUAAAGGAACCUCAUCCGACCGUAACGGAAAAGAGCGGAGGGUCUGUCGCCGUUGAAGAAACGGAGCCGACUAAAACUGAACCAGCAGCGGUAAAGGAUUCUGAGAUCAAAGAGAAACUCGAAAUUGAACACAUCUCAAAGUCUGAGAGCAAAGCUAUCACGCCGGAAGUCGCAGGAACAACAGCGAUGGGAAAAAGUGUCGAAAAACCACGGGGUGAAGCGGAUUGCGCCUCGUCGCCAAAAGGAUCGAAGGACGUAAAAGAAAGGGUAGACAAAUCUGUGGAAAAGGGCAAACGUAGCGAAGAAAAAGUUUCAAGUUCGGUGGACGCUAAGCUAACAAAAAUUUCUAAGACCAAAACUGUCCCUGAAGCAAGCCCUGAUAAGGCUGAAGAAAGUAGUGGAAAAAUUAGUGGCGAUGUGAAAACUCAGUCGAGUGAAAAAUCAAAAGGAAAAACUUCGAUGAUCGAUGUGACGAAACCCAGCAAAGAAAAACCAGCGACUAAACCUGCUGGACAAAAGAGCGAAGAGAAACAACCAUCGGGUGAUGAAGCGAAAGUGGAAAAAUCGGCAAGCAUUGCAAUCAAGGAACAAAGCUCGGAGAAAGAACUUACUGAAACGAACGCAACAGCCUCCAGGCAAUCUGAGCAUGCCAAAGGAAACGUUAAAGAGAAAGGCAGCGCUGGGAAACUCGAGAAAAAAUUGAGCACCGAAAGCCAGGGCGAAAAAGAGCAAAAAGUCACGCCUAUUAUAGAAACCAAACGAAAACAGCCUUCGAAAGGUGAAAAAGCUGUUGAAAAAUCUGUACCGAAUGUAGCUGAAGACAAAAGUGUCAAAAAACAACUCGAAAGCGUUGAAUUACCGGCUGCUAAAAAAUUAGAAGACACGAAAAAGGAUUCCCUCAAAAAAGACACAUCAGAAGAAAAAAUCAUUGAAAAAUCAAUCAUGAAAGGCAAAGAGAAAUCAGAAAAAACGUCAGUCGUUGAAGAAUCAUUGAAGACUGCAGAUGUUGACGAUAGUAAAGUCGGGACUAGCGAAGCUCUUCGUGAAAAAGUGACUAGUGAGGAAACCACGCCAACAAAAACAUCGGAAAGUUCAAAAUUACACACGAGGGAGCCACAAGCACCUAAACGUAAGAAGCAGAAUAAAAGUAAAGCAUCUAGUGAGGAAUCGAAUGCUUCUGAACACGUGUCAGAGCUGCCAAAACCUGGCAAAGCUGCAAAAGAUGAUGCACAAAUAGUGGAAUCGAAAGAAGGUUCAUCCCAGGAUCAAUCGACACCGCCAGCUCCAAAGUUCCACGAUAAAUUCGAAGAAAAUAUUAUUUUCAAAGACCAGAAGGUUGUGGAAGCUAAAAAAAUCGAGCCUGAUGUUAAGGUACAAUCGGAGAUGAAAUUAAGCACCGAUUCCGGCAUAACCAGUUCAAAAUCUCCGACUGAUUCAGCUGCAUCAAAAGAAACGUCCAAAGGCGCGACCGCCGUGACCAAAGAGGAGUCCAGAUCUGGAAAAACAGACAAUCUUAAAUCGAAAGACCAGCCAAAAGUCACGAAGGAGGAGGAAGUUAAAGGGUCUGAAGACCGAAAGAUUCAAUCAGAAAAACAAAGCGUGUCGGAUUCGCCUAAGAAGCGCGAGGUCACCAAAGAACCUGGUCUCGGCAAAUCCACCGAUAAAAAAUCCUUGUCCAAACUUGCGAAAAUUCCUUCCACAGAAACUUCUAGCCCAACGAGAAUUGAAACUGAAAAAUCGCAGUUAACCGAAAAAACUACGACAACCGUAACUACCGUAACGUCAACCGUGAUUUCCCAAACGACUCAAUCCCAAUCAGCCCAAUCUGUAGUUUCCGGAAAUUUAAUUGAAACCAAUGUAGGCAGCAUUAAGCUCGAAAAACUCGUUAAUUUGCGUCCCGAGAGUGUAGAAGCUAGUUUAACGACAAUUUACGCUAGGGUUCCGACAGAUUCCGUCGCAAUUCCCGGUUCAACGAAAUCGAAUAUCGAGCAGGCAAGCGUCCAAGAUGAACCAAAACCCCAUGAACCCGCCAUUGUUGAAGCACCAGAAUUACAUCUAGAGAGUGGUGAUGAACCUUUAUUCGGUAGCAUACAAGAUAGGAAAAAAGCACGUUCGAAAAUUAGCAGCCAGUCGUCCGAAAGGACAUCUGGAGGCGACGAACAACCGCCUGUGAAACAACAAUCGGUAUCGCAUGUGGAGCAGACUAGUCUUCAAGAUCUCACUCAAGAAGAAGAAAUAUUAAUGAAAACGAUGCAGGAUAAAUUGAAAAAGAAAAAGAAACGUCCGGCGUUACCUGAAGAAUUCAUCAAAAAGGAGUCUCAGGCCGGUCAUCCUGACAACACGAGCAAGUCUGGAGAAUCUGAAGCAGACGUUUCGGCAACUGGACCGGAAGACAAAGCUACAAAAUCUGUUGAAAUUCCACAAUCUCCAGCAUCCACAAAGGAGGCGAAUCUUUCAAGUACCAAAACCCCUGAAUUAGGUACGAAAAAAAUAGACACGGAUGAGAAGGUUGUAGAGUGCACGGAUAAAUCGAAGGAUUCAAAGCCGAGCCCCGAUGUCGGGGGAUCGCAGCCUAAAAUCGAUGAGAAAAAGGUAAGCAAACCGCAAACUUCAAAGACGACUGAGAGUGAAAAAACGCCGCCGGUGCCUCUGGUGGAAGAUUCAAAAGUGAAACAGGCAGAGAAGGUCGAUCCCAAACCCCAAACUCCAACGAAGAAAAAUAAAGAUGAUACACGACUCAGUGAAAAAGUUACGAAAGGUGUUCCCACUGCGAAAGAGCCAGAGACGAAGGUCGACGAUCAAAAACACGUCAAAGUAACCCAGCCACCAGGAGCGGUGAAUUCAAAGCCUCCACAAAAUGUCAAUCAGACAAUCAACGUACAAUCAUCCGAGAAACCCGCCGAAAUUUCUAAACCCGAAGAGCCGGAAAUGUCAGUCAAAUCAGAACUGAUGAUCAAACAACAAUCAGAUGCGGCAAGUGGAGUUUCCCACGAGCAAAAUACCGAAGAACGUGACAAUACUCGACAGCAGAUCAUACCAACAGAAGUCACGAAACCUUAUUGGAUCGAUUAUCACAGUUACACCGAAGCUGAACGAGACUUUUACGAAAACUACACCGUGGUGAAAGUUGUUAAAGAGGCACAACCACCGACUCCUUCGGAAAUGCAAAAAUCUGGCAGUAUAGAACGGUUAGUACAGGAAUCAGUUAUGAAGGACAAAGAGCCGGAAAGCCCAAUUGCCAAGUCUCGUGACAGUGCUGAAUCCAGAGUUUUGAAUCUCUUGAUGGAAGCACCGAAAUACUCGAUUCCGGAUAUUCAACAAACAGAGUUACAGUGGGUUCAGAGUUUACAGGCUCAAAGGAUUGAUGAGUUGAGUAUUCCUGAAGCACAUACCGUGGUCGAAAAGGCAAAGGUCGAGACAGUUCUUCCAACGGAGUUCGAACAAGAAAAGUGCGGAGAUACAGAAAAAAUUAAGGUCUCAGCAAUAAAGGUGGAUCAAGAGUCAAAAUCCAAAAAGUCUGACGUUCCUAUGGUGAGCCCAAAGACCCCAACAUCGACUGGGUCUACUGUUCCAUCACCAGUGGACACAAAGAAGAGUGAGACCGAAGAGGAAGUAGAAAAGAAAUCUCACGAAACGAAAAGCCCACAUCAAUCUUCCAAAGCUGCGAAAGAUCAACCGGAACCAACGGAAACCACUACAGUGUCGGUUGUAAAGGCAAUAAAAAAAGAGGAGAAAAUGAAAAUCGAACAACCUGACAAGACAAAAGCGACCAAAUCUGAAGAUCCAAUUGUUCUCAAAACUCAAAAAGUUUCGGUUGGCGGAGGAACAGAAACGACUAAAAUUGAACCGGCAGUUCAAGAAGGUGCUAAGAUCAAGUCUGAAAAGUCUCAUGACGGUCUGAAGCCAACAGAAACAAUAAAAUCCAGGGGUCCUACGGUAGGAAGAGAAGAACCACGUAAGGUCCAGAAAGAAGAUAAAGCGGCGGUCAAAGAUACAAAAGCCGAUAAUGAACCAUCCAAAUCGAACGAUUCAGUCGUUUCCAAAAACCAAAAAAUUUCAAUUGUUGAAGUAGAAAAGAGCAAGACAGGAGUUGAUCAAUCGAAUCAAAAAAUCGGAGACGUUCAAGGACCGCCUAAAGCAGAAAUGUCAAAAGCACCUGGGAAGCCUGAAGAACCGACGAAAUCCACUGAUUCUUCAAUCGUGAAAGAGAAAACAGUUACGGUCGAGAAAGAUGGACCGACGGUUAAGGAAAUUAAAGUAGAAAAACAAGCUACUGAAGGUGAAGAUCUCGUUCCUAAAAAUCAAAAAACCUCGGUCACCGGAAAGAAAAUGACUAAAACGAAAGAGGAAUCGCAGGAUCUUAACGUCGAGACUACUGAAAAGCUCUCCAAAAAAGAAGAGCCCGCCGCUACUGAUCCUUUAGUCGUGGAAGAAAAAACGACUGAAGCUCAAAAACAAGACAAGUCGGCUGUUAAGAACGCGAAAACAGAAAAACAACCAGUUAAACCUAAAGAUACGAUCACUCCCAAAAAUCAAAAAGUUAAAGAAACGAAAACACAAAAACAACCUGCAAAAUCUAAAGAUCCGGUUCUUCCCAAACCCAAACAGGAAGCUUCAAUCACUGGAAAUAAGACAAGCGAGGCGAAGCUUGAACCACAGGACCAAAAAGUCGAAAACCUUCAAGCUUCCAUCGAGCCUAAAAAGCCUGAUGUUCUUGUGAAGCCAACAGAACCGCCAGUAUCUGCUGAUUCCUCACUCCCCAAAGACACGACAACUGAAGUCCAAAAAGAAAAUAAGGCAGUAGCAAAGCAAGAAAAAAUAAAACAAGGUGAUCAAAAACAUCUGAACGAAUCCAAAGAUGCAACGGUUUCCAAAACUCAACAAACCUCGACCGUGAAAGGAAAAACGACAGAAAAGAAAAUUGAGAGUCAGUUAGAAAUGACAAAAGAAUCGAAACCACCAACGACAUCUACCGAAAAAUCUGAAGUCAAAUCAAAGAAAGACAGUAAAACUAAAAAGCCUGUUACUCAGCGGGAUCAAAAACCAGUAACAGAAGACUCUGGUAAACCAGUGAAUGCAGAAUCUCCUGAGAAACAUUCGGAUGAUCAUUCCACCACAGUUGCGCAUUCAGAAUCCAGUGCUAAAAAAACAGAAACUCCUAAAGUGGAAGAACGAAAGAUCCACUUGGUUGCCGACGAUUCCUGGAUGAGUAUUUUGGACGAACCAAUACCCAUCGACGAUGAUGAAGAAUUCGGAAAAGCUGACGAAACUCCUAAAACGGAAGAGCUGCAGGCGGAGACAUUAAGACAAAAAUUGCCACAAGCGAAGCUGGAAAUGGAAACAAAAAAAUCAAAGGCGAUCAUAAAAAUAGAUGAAGGACAGAAAUCAUUAGCGAGAGAAGAGGAUCCUUCGGCGGUGAAAGAAAUCAAAAAGCCCUCCGCGUCUAGUAUCUCUUCCAUGAAAACAGAAAAACCAUCAUCGCAAACGCCAAGUGAAACGUCACAAUCAAAACUUGCAGACGUCAAAGUGCAAGAAAAAGAUAUCGGGGCAGCCUGUAAAAAACAUUCCACAGUCAUCAAUCUACCGUCUGACGACACUUGGAUAAGUAUUUUGGAUGAAGACGUCGUCAUCGAUGACGAUUUCGAAUUCCUCGAAAUCCCUGUCGAAAAUCCUCAUACUGAAAAAGACAGGGAACUCGAUAUCCAGGAGAAAACUGACGAAGGAAUCAAUGUGUCGAAAAAAGAAAUUUCAUCGGAGUCAAAACCUGAGCAAGUGUUGCCGGUCGGAAAAACACCUGCGUUGCAAUCUGACCAGAAGGAUCCAGCACUUGAUCGAAAACAGAAAAAUCCAACGAAACCUGACACUCCAUCGAGCGAAGGAAAAUCCAAGGAAUCGAGUCAUUCCUCACAACAGGUUUCCCGGAGCAAACCACCAGGCUCUACGAAGCCUGCUGCUGAUGGAAAAGCUUCAUUAGGGAAAGAAAAAAAGGUGGCAACCGAGAAUGAAAAGAAAGGUCAACAGAAGGAACAAAAAGUGAAAGGAAAACCCUCGAUGAGCGUAGAUCCCACACCCGCAAUCCCAAAGACUACCGUGGGGAAAAGUAGUGACACAAAACCGACAACACCGGAAGAAAAAACACCAGUAAAAGAUCUCGAUAAGCGGUUGAACCCGAACGCAAAAUCGUGGGCCUCGGUCGUCAGUACUAAAGAAUCGAAUGAGAAUGAUGACGUUGAGAUUAGCAAAGUUAUCGAAUCUGAAACACCGAAAAGUGUAGAAGGUACGAGUGAGUCUUCUGUUCUCAGUCCAACACCAACAUCGGCACGAAUUAACGAACCACCAAGUGAUACGGUUUCUACAAAAUCAUCAGCACACCAAGAUCCGAAUCCUCGUAAAAAAGACAAAAAGCAGAAACGAAAAGAAGCCAACGCAGAUUUGAAAAAAACAGUCGAUCCGGUUAAAGAAAAACAAUCCAACGCGUCGCCAGUGACGGUGGAUACCGCCGAUGCCAAAACAUCGUAUGCUGGUGUCGUCUCAAAACCUCAAAGUUCUUCUCCCCAGCCAUUCGAACAGGAUCAAGAUCUCUUAAAACCUGAAGCUCUGAAACCAGCGAAAUCAAGUUCCAAUCAAGAUGAAGUUGCAGUCGUAAUGCCACUCGAAAGUCCUUCGCGUGGGCCAGCAGACGACAGUAAAUCAGAAUCCCUCGCUAGCCCAGUUCCAGUUUUGCAAUCUAUGCCGAUAGCCUGGGCCGAUGACGUCGAAGAUUUGAGUAUCGAAACAUCCAAGCCAAAGCCUGAAACAUUGCAGACAUCCGAUUCGACCAGUGGCCCAUCGGAGAAUAAUUCGUGGGCUGCGAUUGUCGCUAAAAACCAGGGUGAAAGUCCUGAUGAUACCCCCGCCGUCGUCAAUCCAACCAACAUUCAGAAGGGGUCGAGUUCGAUAGAACACACCGUUCAGAUAGUCGUUGACGAAGUUCCAGAACCAGAGCCAAUCGAAAAUAUCGUGCAGGUGGACGAUCAAGGUUUCAUGGAGUUCGUCAACAGGCGCGAACUACGCUCGAGGCGUUCGAGAUCUCGGUCAAGAAGCAGCAGACGAGAGGAAAAGUCGCAAAAGUCCCCAGUCCGUGAAGCUGUUGGCAGCAAAAUUGAGAAAAGUGGGAAAGAUCUCAAAGAGGAGAAAGGCGAUAAAACUAAAGCAAAGAAAGCAGAAAAUAUCGAAGUAGCUAAUCCUCAACAACCGACAAAGGGGGAAGACAAAACUGAAGUUAAAGCGGGGGAAUGUUUGAAAACGCAGACUCAGAAAACCCCUGGAAAGAAAGAAACGGAAAAAUCGGGAGGUCCAACCAAAAAGUCGGCCUCCAAACCUGACCCAAAAACUAAUAAAUCAGGAACCGACAAAGCAAAAAUGACACCCGAAGAGGCGUCUACUAAAACGAAAGUAGAAUCUUCUCCGGAAUCAUCGGAGCAAAGCGACCUAACUCCCGAGAAGUUGCCCGCUACUGUGAAACCAGCAGAGAAAGAAAGUUCCGAAAGUAAACAAAGUCCAAAAGGUCAGCCGGUCGAUCCUGAGGGUUCUGCUAGUACCCAUGCGGACACUAAAAAAGAAUCGAAUGACCAAAAACAUCAAAUUGUUGAAAAACAAGCUCCAGUGUCUGAUACCGACGCGGCGAAAACGGUGGAAGUUCCGGUAAAGACGAAAAAUCAGAAAAAAUCAAAAAAGAAAGGAAAAACUGAAAUUUCUACUCAAGACCAAUGCAAACCUGCUGAACUUCUUGCUGACGAUUCUAAAAUCGUGGUGCAAAGCACACCUGUUGACGCAGGUAAACAAACCAUAAAAAAUGUCGAAUCACCCUCGACGAGAGAAGAAAAAAGUGCAAUACCUUUAGAAAAGUCAAGUGAAAAGACAGAAAAUCCAAAGCCCUCGGCUUCGGUCGAAAAAUCAGAUGUUAAGACAGAAGAUCCAAAGUCCUCACUUCCGCCACAAAGCACUGCUGUAAAAGAGGCUGAAAAAACUUUGGUGACAAAAACGACUGAAAAAAUAGAGGGCAAAGGAUCUUCGACAGACAAACAUCAAUCCCCCAAACCUCAUAAUCAAUCGAAAGACAAAACAAAACUUUCGCCAAUUGACAUCGAUGCGAAGAAGCAGGAUAAAAAAACUGAAGAGGCCAAGAGCAAACCCGGUGAGAACAAAAUCCAGCUAAAAUCAGACGAAAAAAUAAAAAUUUCGAAACCCGACUCGAGCGUUGCUCCAGAAACGGUCAAGUCGGCUGAAACUGAAUCUUCCGUGCCAUUAUCAGUAACCAGUACAGCGGAAACGUGUUCUGACAAAACCAAAAAAGAAAACGCGAAAAAAGACACUAAGACCAAGAACAAAAAACCUAGUGAAAAGUGCGAAGAUACACUUGCGUCGAAAAUCGGAGUUGAGAAAUCCGGAAACAAUGCAGAAAAUAUUCCGUCAGCUGCAUCAGACCAUAAAAAAGAAGCACAAAUGAAAAGCGAAGUAGAAAUAAGUAGCAUUCAAAGCCCGAAUGUCAAACCGACUAGCGUGGAAAAAGUCUCCGCUACUGAAUCAGAAACUUCCACAAUUAAUAAUGAAAAGCUUCUGAAAUUAGAUGAUAAUACUACUUCAGGAGCAACCGUUCAAUCUUCCCAAACAAUGGUCGCCACGGUUGUACCGAAGGAAAAAUCCGAGCCAGAUAGCGCUCCUGCAAAAAGUGUCAAAUCAGGUUCUUCGCCAGAGCUCGCAGCAAUACAGAACCUCCAUUCAGAGGAAGACAAGGGCAGCGCACCGAAGCUUUGUGGCAAGCCCUCCGAUAACAUCCAACCCAAGAUGGACAAGAAGCCACUCGUAAAAUCAGAAGCUUCUUCAGAUCUGGCUACUUUGGGGGCAGUUUCUGGUCCGGAAGCGCCAGCCGAGCCCAGGUCAAAGGUUCACUUCUACAUUGACGAAGAUGAUAUUGUCGUGGUCAGCCACGAGCCCGAAGUGGUGCAGGAACGAUUGAAUAUCGAGGAAGAGACAUCGAGUGAGGCAUUGAGCAGACACAUAUCAUUGGACGGAGGCUUUUGGUUGACCAAAAGAUCUUACGACGAGGCAGAACGCAAUCUCUUCGAAAACCUGGCGGCAUUGUCAAAGAAGCUUCCAACCAGAGAGGAUGCAGAUUCGAGUAAAAACGAUAAACGCGAUCGCGACGACGAUGACUCUCAUAACGAUAAAUCGGGCGGUGGCGGACCUAGAAACGAUUCGUCUAAUUCGUCCAAUUCCAACUCAUCGACUCCGCGAACCGAACGACUCGUCGCCGAUUUGCCCGGGGGAAUAUGUAGCUGGAACGACUACAGCACUUAUCUAGCGGUCGAACGCGACGACACACAAACUGAUCCCAGACUCGAUCACACAUCCCAACUAGUACACAAAAUGACGACGGAUCUUAUAACAGAUUCAGACUCAAUUAACAACUUAGACGAGCUAAUAUCUGCCUCAGCCUUGUCCUCCAACGAUCCAAUUGAGAGCCCCGAAUCAGUAUCGGUCUCCUCCUCCUCCCCCAACGAGAUCGACAACCUCGAAACUCGGACCGCCCUUUCUCCUCCUAAAUCCGCCGCAAUGCAUUUAGGUAUAGAAACAGGAGAAUCUGUACAGCAGUGGAACACCGAUCGGCAGGUGGAGAGAGAGAAUGAGGCAGCCACGCCUGAAGAGAAAAGGAUCCAAAGGAUCAAGGGCUCCAUGGAAGUUGAUAUCGACGAUUUGACACAAGCUAUUCUACGGUUGGAAAAUUCGUUGGGCAAUUUACCAUGCGAAAGCUUACAAUCAAUGCUCGAUGCGAUCACGGCAAUAAUUCAAGAACUUCAUCAUCUGGAGGAAACUGCUUCGCGGUUGAACGAAAAUUUGACCCAAAGUUCAGGGGACUCCGAGUGGCAAAAGUUGUCAACUACCUUAGUAGGAGUUCGAUCACGAAUCGUUGCGCUCAUGUACCAAGCUGAACAAGGAAAUUCGGCACUUCGGGAAGCACAGAAAAUUCAGGAAGAACGACAGCUUGAAAUUGUCGCCUACAGGCAAUUCCUCGAUGAUACAGAUGCUUGGCUAAGAAAAUUGAUUAUCACACUGAACGAGGAGUUGUCAAUAUCAACGUGCAAGGCUCUGGAAGAAGAACUCUCGAAGCGCGCCGAAAGAGUGGCCGAACUCGCGGAGCUACCGGAAGUAGCCACACUGGCGACGAGUUUGAAGGAUGCACUGGUAGAAAUGUCAUUGCGACUGCGACACAAGCAGAAGGAAAUGCUUAAGGACGAUGAGUCUGGGGAGGCUAACGACGUUACGUUCGAUCGUGACGACGCGACACUCGAGCAGGCCCCCUCGAUUCAUUCGCACGAGGAAGAUUUGCCCUCGUGGGCUGACGUUUCACUUCAAACCGGUCAGAGUCUCCUGGUCGACGUAUUGCCAGUGUUAGAGUCCGAAAAACCUGGUCAAUUGACGAAACAAACAUCGACCUCGCAAAUAGCUGAGGUUGAAACCACUUGCCAAGGACUGAUGACCGAGCCGGUUAUUGAGAUUGGUGAUAACAAGGCUACGACACAAGAGAGCAUUAAAAUAACUAAGAGGAUCGACGGUAGUCACGAUGUUAUCGAGAUAGCAACGAAAAAUAUUGGCAAAAUUGACCGCCCAUUCCCACCGCCCGAUUUGGACGACAUUGUCGUUGACAUGAAGUACCAAGACGCAGAGGUACAGCAAACUGCCUCCUCCGAGCUGAAUAUCCAACACGCGGCACCGCAAUCCUUCGAAACUUUCCUCGUCGAGCCCGACGACGUGACGACCGAGAUAGUCGUCGAUGCCGACGGCACAAAGCGAAUAAUCGUUAGAAAAUUGCGAAGAACCCUCGUCACGAGCGAAACCAGUCAUGCGCGUGUUUCCACGCUUUCAACCAUCGCCGAUGACCCCGCUGCCACCCCGAGCGUGCAAGCGUAUUCCGAAGCGACCAUGAGAGGACAACAGGUCACCGUGACGAGAACGAGAGCCGACGGUAGUAUCGAAACUGCAACCAGGCAGACUUACGGCGGUAGAGUCACCACUGGCGCGCCCGGAGACGACACAAACGUACAGGAGUUCGAGGCACCGGUACAAUACACUCACCAAAUAGUUCAAGGCAAAAUAGGCGAUGUGGACUCGGACGUUGGCCAAUUCGCAUCGGAAUUCGGAACAGAGGAGGCUGGAUAUUCUUCAACCAAAACAUCAACCGUCAGCGCAACCGUUCAACAAGUUACCAGACGAGUUAUACGGAAGACAAAAAGAAUAAUCCGCAAGGUAACAAUCAUCGAUGGAAAGGAAACCACCAGCGAGGAAAUAAUCGAGGAACCCGAAGAAGUCGAGAUCGAUGAUGAAAACAUUCCUCAUAUAAGCAUCAACGUCGUCAAGAGAGAAGACGAAAAAGAAUUCCAGCCUGAGAUCACUGCGAAACGACCUCCCGAUUCCAGCCCCCUCGGCACACCGGGUAGCCCACUUCAGGGACCAUUUUUCGGUCCUUUUGCCAAGGACAUUAGUGUUUCGCGGCGUAUCAGCAAAGAUAAGCACGCUGAAACGGAGGUCAAAGAGCCAACACCGGAGGACGAAAAGGUCGAGCAAGACCAACCAUUGAGCAGCGCGCAGGAAACUUCACCAAAGUCCGAAACUCACUCUCCCGACUCGACACUGAUAAACGACUCUUGGGCAGCUGACACGACCGUUGAUAAAAUCGAAACCCAAGAAUCUUGCCCGGAGUCGGAAACUGUCGAUUUCCAAGUUAAACCAUCACAAAUCCACGUGAUCGACAAACAUGAACGCGAGUACUUUCCCAUCGAGGUAAAACGAGAAACAGCUCAGCCUAGUGGGUCGCCAUCUUCCCAAAAUUUUGUAGACGCUGAAAAAUGUGUCGUUUUACAGACACCGGUGAGGGAAGCAUCCAGGAACGAUACGCCGAGUGAGUCUUCCCGAGAAUCACCCAAAGACGAUUCUCAGAUCGAUUUAACGAGAGCAAGCUGUAAGUUUGACCUUGUACCAGUUAUGAAGGAGGGUAAAGACGUAGAAAGAGGCACGGUAGAAUUAGAAGAGCACAAAGACCAUAGCAGCACCGUAGAAGUUCUCGAUAAACUACAGGAUUCCGUUCCCUCAGAGGAAAAGAACGUACAGGCCGAGCAGACUCAAACGGGCGACAGCGUACCGGAGUCCUCGUCUUCGACAUCAACCCUGAACGGUAAAGCCUCGGAAACUACUACGAAAAAAGGAGUUUCGCCAUCAAAGGAAGAAUCAAAACAAUCGGAAGAAAAGGAAGAAAAGCCACUGAAAAAAGCUGACAACAGCGAUGAUUCUGAGCGCAGCAUCCGUAAAAAUGGUCAAGCUCCAUCCACGGAUGAAGCAUCGAGACCAGAUUACAAAUCGAUUAUAGAAAAAGUCGAGAUCAACUUAUCAGUAGGUAACAAAGACGAAGGUGCUGGCUCCUCGGUAUCCGUCAUCACACAGCCCCAAAACUUGGAAAAAACUGUGGCCCAUCGCAUAGUGAAAGAGGACGUUGAAAUCAGGCUCCCAACCGACAGGGAAACCGUCGAAACCAUAAACGACAAAAUCAUACAAACAAGUCCACCUAAAAUGGCUGAGAAAGUGACCGAAACCGUUCCUCCCCGAGAUAUUAAGACUGUUGAAACCCUCGACAAAGAAACUGAAAUGGUAUCACCGCAAAGCGAAACCGAGUCCAGAUCGACUAGUAGAAAAAGUAAAAAGAAAAAGAAGCGAAGGGAGAAGGCAGACUCCGAGGAAAAGACGCCUGAAGAUGAGCGUGCCCCGUCGGCAAGCUCCAUUGCAACUACGAUCGCCGAAUCAAUUGACCUUGAUGUACCGUUGACCGACUCCACUAAACAUCCCAGCGAAGAGCCGCAGCCCGACGUCACGGCUAUGACGGAUAACUCGUCCUUGAAUCUUUCGAUCCGGAGAGACGAUAGUUUGAACGAAGAAAGUGGCUACGAGCCUGACGAAAAAACUCUAGAUGAGCUGUCUCCGGAGCAAGAAUUCGCCGACAACGUGACCAAAAGACGAAAGAAGAAGAAAAAGAAGCAGAAAGUGACAACGGCUAAGGAGGAUGAUGAUGAAAUAUCGGCCGUUCCGAAGAGCAGCACGAGCGAAGCUCGUUUAUCCGAUGAGGAAGUCGACUGUGCUUCCGGCGUCACGGAACCAGAGCCAACGGACACUGUCAAGGUGAAGAAAGUCAAGAAAUCGAGGAAAGACAAAACUGAACCGGAACCACCGCAAAGCACUCUCGAGACGAACGAGAGAGAUACUCAAACUAUUUUGGAGACUCGGGACAUCUCAGCGGGACAACUGACCCCUGAUGAGCCACGGAUCGUCGAGAGUUCACUCGAGACAUCACUGGAAGUUGAGAUCGAAACUCAGGAAGCGGGAAUCCAAACGGCAGCUCCUCAAGACGAGACGGAAAUUCAAACUUCUCCCACUCAAGUCUCGAAUUCUGGUAUACAAACGGUCGCCCCGAAGUCACCGGAACGCGAACACUCAUCGAUGCAAACAACUUCUCCUUUGGCAACGAUAGAAGGAGCUGUUCAAACGAGUCCGAUCGAAAGUUCGCCGAUGAGAAGUCCGGUGCCGAAGGACGUCGCGGAAAUCGACGUCCAAACGAUGCAAGUUUCCGUUGACACAACGGAAAUUCAAACUUCACCGAUCGAGACGAUUGCAACCGCAGAGAUUGAGACACAGACCCAACAAAACGAAGACACGUCUGUUGACAUCGAGCAGCAAACGUCCCCGUCACCGAUCCCUGAAACGACCCUGACUCAUGAAACCCUCACGCAAACCUCACCACGAGGAACUACGGAAACCGUUGCAACCGACGUUCAAACCAGCAAACCUGCGAGCCCGGAAGUCCCAAAAACCCUCAAUUCGGAAAUCCAAACAGACACUGCCGAAAAAAUGUCCUCGGAAACUGCGGAAACGCAAACAACGCCUCCGCCAGUCCCAGGAGAAAGUGCGAUUCAGACCGACGCACCGGAAGUCAUCGAAACGAGGGAAAUGGACGUUCAAACCAGCAAAUCUGCGAGCCCGGAAGCCCCAACAACCGAGAAUUUCGAGAUGCAAGUCAACAUAAUCGAGCAAGUAUCCUCAGAAUGCGUCGAAACCCAGACAACUCCGCAAGAAAGUCCGAGAGAAAUUGAGACUCAGGAGACCGAAGUGCAGACCAAGUCACCGGAACUAACCGUCGAAAACACUGCACAAACGAGCCCGGUACCCAGUCCCGAACGUGUACAACUCGUUGAACUUUCCGCUCAAACGAGCAUCGAAGACAUUGUCGUCGCGACAAUGGAGGGAGAGUCGCAAACUCCUGCUCCGGAGAAGGUCGAAACUACAGAGUUUUCGGUCCAACUGAAGACCGACGAAUUGAUACCAACGGCCGAGGACAGUACUCAGAUCAUUCUAGAUACAGCGGAAUCGAGUAUGCAAGCUGACGCCGAAUGUAAAGCAGUAGUGUCAGUCGAGCAACAGACGAUCGUAGAGUCGACCGAAAGUGCAACUAUGCCGGAACCCGAAACAGAAACGACUGAAACGGCAACGAUGUCCGAAGUCGUUGAGUCCGUGGAAAGUUCAACGAUGCCGGAGCCCGCAGUAGAAACAACCGAAACUGCUACGAUGCCUGAAAACAUUGAAUCCGUUGAAACUUCGACGAUGGCUAAGCUGCAAGUGGACACAACCGAGGUCGGCACGACUCCAGAAAUCGUCGAGUCCACCGAAAGUUCCACGAUGCCUGAACCUCCUACAGAAACUGCUGAAUCUGCGACCAUGCCAGAUGUCAACGAGUCCGUUGAUACGUCGACGAUGCCAGAGCCUCCGAUAGGCAUGGUCGAGACUGAAACAAUGUCAGACAUUGUUGAAUCCACCGAAAAUUACACAAUGCCAGAACCGGAAGCGGAGAAGAAGGAAGCUGCGACUGCUCCUGAAAUCGUCAAGUUCGUUGAAGCUUCUACAAUGUCGGAGCCCAAACGACCAACAACCGAAUCUGCUACUGCCCCUGAAAGUGUCAAGUCCGUUGAAGCAUCUACAACGCCUGGACCCGCGGCACAAACGAUCGACACUGCCACCAUGUACACGGCCAUUGAAUUGGUGGAUACUUCUACGAUGUCGAGCCCCAAGCGACAAAUGACCGAAACCGGAACUACACCAGAAAUCGUCGAGGUUGUCGAACCUCCAAUCAUCUCUGUUCCUGCAAUAGAAACGAUCACAAUUCCGGAUAAACCAAUGGAGUCAGAAGUGCCGCAACAACACGAAUCAGGUUCGAUAGCGUCUCAAGACAAAAUGGAACCAGCUCCGGUCGCGGAACUUCCGGAAAUAAAAAUUGAAGAAAAAACUGAACGACCCGCCGAAAUGCCUGUUCGGGCUACUUCCGAACGAGAUUCCACUCCCGAAACAUCCUUCGAGGUUCACGUACAAGCCACCGUUGAAGUAUGCGACAGUUUGACGACCGAUAGUUCCAUGAUUGACAGCAUAUCCAUGACAGAACCCAGCAGAGAUAGCAGCGCCACAGUCACCGAAGAAUCGAUCGAUUCCGUCAGUAAAUCAAGCAAACGUCCCAAGAGAAAGCGAAAGCACAAACAAAGCGAGGCUCGCGAACAAGCGCCUGCGGAUCGUAGUGAACGCAGUGACUCCGAGGCAGUGUACGGCACACCGGCACCGUCCGAAGUUGUCUCUUGGAAACUUUCUUACUCCGAUGUCGCACGAAAGAAUGCAGGCAGCAGGGAAGGCCCGAGUCAUCCCGGUUACGAAUCGAUGAGCGGACAAGAAACUCAGAGCUUCGACAAUGUGACCGUUGGCAAAGUUUUCACCGAUCUCAACCCAAAUAGCAUGAAACGACGGGCAGAAACUCCGGUGGAAGUGCCAUCAAAACCGAUGGUAACAGUUAAAGAUCAAAAGACCAAGGAGGCCGAUGGAACGGACAUAGAAAUCGUCGUUGGGGCGAAGCUAUGCAUCGAUUCUUUGGAAGACGAUAACGCCAAUUCUCCUCGUGAUACUUCAGACUUCCUACAUCGAGAAAAGUUUGCGGAAAAUGUCCCGGAGCUUCCGGAUACCGGCGGAUUCCCCGGAGCCAUUCGCAUCGAAGAGCCACCAGAGCCGAUGGACACCAGUGAAGAACCACUGUCGCCCAUGGAAUCGAUAUUAUCUAGAGACUCGAAGGAAGAAACGAAGAAACGUGAGAUCAAGAGUUAUGCCGAAGCCAUUGGCGAAUCGGAUUCCUGGGAAGAGCGAGGACUUUUGGCACUUCAAAAUGCACCGAGUCAAGCAUCACCCGGACCCGGUUCAACGUCCGCGACCUUCAUAGCAUCCGAAGGACGUCGGUACGCUGACAAGCCCCACAAUCAAAUGAUCAUGAUGACCCAAGCCACGCGAAAGGUCUCGGAGCGUUUGACCAAUCUGCCAAAAACAAAGGAAACGAGUUAUUUGUCGAACAUUCUUCACGUAGCAUCACUCCAGGACGUCGAAACCACCAAACCCGCUGAAGAAAGAGCCUCGGAGGUGAGAAAAGAAUUGGCACAGUUGAGGAAUGCCGUCGAGGAAGAAAACGUCGUCGUCGUCGAAGAGAGUUUAAUCACGAUCAUCGAAACCAUCUCGACUUGGCUUGAAACGAUCGAGUACCGAAUAUUCCUGGGACGAGAGAGUCCCAAUGGACCCAGCCACGACGACAGCCGCACUUUUGUCGAUUUACGAGACGAAGUCAAUCACGUGGAACAAAGCAUCAAAGAUCUCGACGUCAUUUGGAAUGAGAUUGAAACUAAAUAUCCGGAAGAUGAAAGGUCGCGAGUCCGCGAAUGCAUGGAAGCUUUGGAACAUCAAGUUAAGGCUAUCGAUGAUGUCACCAGUGACGGAGAAAGGUACACGAACGCCGAACUCGCUCGUUGGGACGAAUUCAUAAACGGAGUCUCGAACAUUUAUCGAUUGGUGGAGGAGCAGCGACGUCAAUUCGAUUUGAUAAUGGAGAGCGAAGCCUCGACUGUGUGGAAGCUUGAGGAGCUCGAAAAAUUAGAAAACACGAAUCGCUGUCACAUGUGGAAAACCGGGAAGCUCGUUGCAGCAGCCAGAGGCUUACUUCGCGACUAUCCCGGAAAGAUAAUACCAGAAGAGACGUACGCCGCCCACGAGACGACAAAUCUGAUAGAACACAACAUUUACGUGGAAAGAGAGCGUCUCCACCAGCUGCUCUCCCUGGCUGAAGAGUACGAACAGACUCUCCAGGAAUUCGCUCAAAUUACAGAAAUAGCCGAAGAACUUGUGGCCAGUCCAAUAUCCGUAAUGAGCUUGGAGCAUUUGCAGGAAGAGAUGCAAAAGCACCGUAAAUUCUUUGUUAACUUGAAUCACUGUCGUGCUAUAUUGGAAUCGCUCGAAGGCAACCUCGAUCCUGAGACACGAAUGAAAUACUCGAGCCUUCACGAACGCUUGCACAGCCGAGCUAUUGCCCUUCUCGAUAUGGCUGCUUCCAAAUCCCAACAAAUGUCUCUCGCUGCAUCUCGAUGGAUCGUUCUCGAACAAGGCGUCAAAGAGGAACGGGGAUGGCUGCAAGUUGCACAUCAGAGGGUACCUGAUUUACAGACGGUCACAUCCUCCGAUUAUCAUCAGUACAUUUCCCUCUAUCAGUCGCUGUCCUCGGACAUCGAAACUCAUCACGCUCGUCUCGUUCAAUUAUUGGCGAUGGCGAGUGGAUUACACGAGUUGAUAAACAUCGAAGACCAGGAGAAUCGAUACGGCGACGCGUUGGAUGUUAUUUUGAAGCUUCAGGACGAAGUGGAAACAUCGCUCCGACGAUUGUUGGCCUUCCAAGACAGUUGGUACAACCAAGAAAGCCUUUUCACUCGUAUGGAAAAAUGGCUGACAAAGGCCGAGAAGGAACUUGACAUUUUGCAAGUUCAGCCGGAUGGGCACAUGCGUCAGUUUUGGGAACUUAAGGCGCAAUACGAAUUGCACAACAAUAUGAGAAACGAGGCGAACAAUUGUUUCGAGCAAGCAUUGCGAAUAGUGCCGUUGUCGGACGAGAUGCUGCAGCGUCAAUUUCACGGAGAAUUGGAAGAUCGUUGGCGCGUUAUUGCCGAUAAAAUUGGAUCCAUACAGAAAGCCGUUGUCGAUACUUUAGCCUCCGAAGACGUGCCGGUGAACGAUAAGCUGCGUUUACUCGAGCGUGAGCUCAACGAACUGAGAAUAUCAAUCGACGGUUUUCACGGAGUUUUAAAAACUGAGGAGGAACUCGAGCUCUACGUCGAAAGACUGAGCGUUCUCUUUGAACGCGUUUGCUUGAUUCAGGACGAAUUGGGAAGAUUGGGAAUGUUACCGGCCACCGAGAGCGAAAGAGUCGGAUUCCUCUUAUCACUCGCGCGUCGAAUCGAAUGCCAAAUUGGGGAAGAACUCGACGCAGCUCAAUUGUUGCGCGAACGUUUGCAGGCCCUCCAACGCGGCUUGGCCCGCGUCAGAAAAUCGCAAAACAGACAAUCCGUCAUCAUAGAUCAGUGCGAGGAUUCUAUGAAACACGGUAGUGAUUCUGUCGCUGCUGGUGUUGAACGUUGCCAAGGAGUUUCCGAUGAGCUCGCUCUACUCUGGCAGGACUUGAUGGGACUGCGACAACUUCUCCACACUCUCCCUGGUGGCAUGAGAGUCUCAGUUUCACCCGUGGGAGUUGAACGCGACAUUUCCAAUCUCCAGGACAUUCACACCGAACUCGAGUCCAGAUGCGCCAGACUUUUGGUACUUCUGAAAAAUCGUCUAGCACUUUGGCGACGCUUCGAAAGGCAACUCGAAAUGGUUCAACAGUCGGUCCAAGAGGCCGAUUACAUGAUGGAACUGUUGACCGUCCAGGGAACCGUCGACUACGAGAGACUUCUCAAGGCUACCGAACGAUUGGAGGGCCUCAGUGGAGAUUUAGGUGCACGGGAGGUCCUCAUUGGCGAAUUAAGAGCUGCGGCUGAACCUUUGCGGGAGAGUUGCACAGCGGAGGUCGGCGAAAGAGUCGAUGCUGCGGUCAAUGAAGCCGUCCAAGCUUGGGAAGAUACGAGGGCCGAAUUAGAUGCCCUUUGCACCAAAUAUCAACACGCUGUUCGACUUUGGGAACAAUACCGGGACUCGAGCGCCGCUGUUGAAGCUUGGGUCGACACACAAAUGGGAAGCGUUACUAAUUUACCACCCGAGGAAGCCCUUAAGCAAGUCAAGGUUUGCGAGGAAACUCUGGCCGAGCACAAAGAACGAUUGGCCGAAUUACGAGGCCUGGUGGCUCAAAUCGCGUCAGACGUCGGUCUCGACGCCGGUGGACCGCUUCACAGCGAGGUCGAAGCACUUGGUCGUCGCCUCGAAGAUGUUCGUGAGUCGUUGUCAACCCUCGCCGAUACCGCCGAUGCCAGAGCACUGAAUCAAGAACUUGCUCGUGGCGAUCUUUAUCAAACGAAAAAUUUCCUCGACUCUGUUCAGCAGAGUUUGACAACUGUGGGACAAGGAGAAUCGAAAGAGCAGUUGAAACUCCUGAGAAAUCAUUUGCUGGCGCUGACUCGAACGGAACCGCAAUUACAGUCGAUAAAGGAUCGUGCAUUGGAGAUCGUGCCACAGGAAACAUCAGUUGUAGAAGUGUUGCAGCUUUGGCAGCGCGUAUUUCGCGAAACAUUCCAACAGUAUCAUCGUUUAUCAGCGCGCCUUGUAAGAUCGGAAGACGUAGUAGCUGCGCUCCGUUUGUGGCAAGAGUAUCUUGGCCAUGUGCAGGAAUUUUUGUCGAACGACGUACCGGCCGAUUAUAACGGGCUUACGGAGCAUCGUAAUCUCUGCGAGGUUCACAAAAAUUUGUUAACCGAUCAAGAAAAUUUGAUACUUUCUAUAAGAGCAGAAAAAGGACGGGAUUUGUCAGUGGCCGAGCAAUUCAACGUACUUACGAAUCUUCACAAUGAAACACUUGCAAGAAUCAUGGAAAGACACGCUGCGGUGCGCGACAGACUCACUCUUUGGGACCGAUACAGACAGGAUCAGAGCAAAUUGCUCGGUUGGCUCAAAGAAAUCGAGAGGGAACGAAGCAGAUUACAAUUGCGUUAUAUUCACGUGCGGAGAUUGGACAAGACCCUCGCAAGAAUCGAGUCCUUGUUGGAGAAAGUACCGAUCGGUGAAGCGCAAAUUGAUUCGUUGACGAGUCAACAAGAAACUCUGUUGAUCGAUUGCGACGAGGCUCUUGCAAUAUCUAUAAGAAUGGAACACGCGGCGAACACUCAGCGGAUUGCGAAUCUCCGAGCGAGUCUAGAAACGUGGAAGGACUUUUUGUUGAGAAUACGAAAAUUGAACGGCCAACAUGUCGAACAAACAGCCAGCAUAACAACCAUUUUCCAAUAUGUCAGUCAAUCAAUCAGCAAAGCUUUCCAUGCUCCACCUGCCAGUCUCGUAGAGACCCAACGACAGUUGGAGUCUCUUCAGGAAUUGAAAUCCCGACUCGUCGACACGACUAGCGAACUCGAGAGUCUUGGCGUAACGACCGAACAGUUGCGCGAAUGUCUCAGUCCUUCAGAUAUGAAGUCGCUAAAUCAACAGAGUUCUUUACUCUGGCAACAGCACGGUGAUCUCGAACACCAAUUGGCUCUGCUCUCGUUCAAACUUGAAGAACGUUGCUCACUACGUAACCGGUGGGACACGAGACUCGGCAGAUUGCUCGUGUGGCUCCAAGAUGCUGAGAAUCGUGUGCACAAUUGCGACGACGUGACAACUGCGAGUCUCGAAGAACCCGAAGAAGCUUUGCGAAGAAUAGAAUCCGAAUUGCAGGCAGAGAUGGCGCUGAAACAGCGCGAACUCGAUUGGUUACAGACAACGGGCGAACAGCUCAUUCAAGUUGCCGAUAGUCAGGAAAAGGAAGAGGUUGAAACAUCGUUGCAGGAGGUCAAUGAAAGAUGGACCCGUUUGAUGACAGCUGGAAGAGCGCGAGCGAACAAACUCGUCGACUUGAUGCAAACGAUGAAUUGUUUGGAGCGUAGAAUAGCUGAGAUUCGGAGUUGGUUAGGUGGUGUCGAGAUGAAGCUCUCGCAACCAAUGGCUUUCGAGAGAAAAACACGUGAAGCGGUUGAUACGUGUUUGCGAGAUCACGACUCUUUGCAAAAAGUCAUCGAAGCUGAGAGCGGAAACAUCGGGGAAGUUUUGAAUCUCUGUGAGAUUUUACUCAACGAUUGUGACGCUUGGAAAGCUUCCUUCAACACCGAAGCCAUCAGAACGGGAAUGGAAGGAUUGGAGAAACGUUGGAAGGCAACUUGCGUGCGUUCUGCCGAACGCAAGAGAAAAAUCUUAAUGUCGUGGAAGUUGAUCGAGGAGAUGGACAGGAUAAAGAAAGAACAAGAACAAUGGGUGGAAGAGACCGAGGAAUCUUUACAAACGUUGGAAGAAAGCUUGGACAAAAACUCUAAAGAAAACACAGAACAAACACUUACUAAGACUCGCCGAGUUCUGAAAGACAUCGAGGCUCACAGGGCUGCUCUUCAAAUAAUCGAACAGAGCUACGGGCGUCUUGCCAAAGGUUGCUUAGAACCGGACAAUUUCAAAAUGCUCACCGCUGAUGUUCGCGAAUUUAUCGAACGAUGGAAAGCUCUCAAGCCUCGUGGCAAUUCUAUUCUAGCUUCUGUCCAGAGGGAACAAAAAGCUUAUAGGGAAUUUGUCACUGCUCAUGGCGCUGCCGUUGUUGGACUCACUCAGGUCGACGUCGGAUUGACUCAAGUACAACAUCUGACCUCACCUGAAGAAAAAUCUUCUCCGAGACGGACGCUACAAAGAAUCACUAGCAUUGAAAACGAACUUUCGGUACAAUGUAAAACUCUUCAGAGAGCCGAUGAACUCGCCCUCAUUGUCAUGCAAGAAUGUCAUGCCGAUGACGUCGGUGCGAUUCAGGAACUCGUAGACGAAUAUCAAUUACUCUGGCGUGAUAUUAAAACACGUGUUACUAAUUUACGCUCUGACCUCGAAGCCAAAUGUCAACGUAACGAAGUCGACGAAGCCGUUCAAGUCGAAACACUUAAAUUUGAACAAGACUCCGCUGUUCAGGUCGAUACACUGCCCAAACUCGUUAGAAUCACCUCUUGCGAUGCUUAUCUCAUGGAACUCGAAUCUGCGAUCACCGAGUGUAGAAACGCUCUCGAUUCUCUUGAAAUCGCGAUCGAACCUGAACCUGCCCCUGGUACCGGACUCAACACCUCUGCCAAAAAUAUUGCCAAACUAAUCGCGAGCUGUCAAUCUGCAAUCGAGUUGGCUCGUCACUUACAUUCUCUGCUCGUACAAGACGAAAAAAUGAGCAAGGAAACAGCCAGAACAACCGAAGUAUCGAAACUCGGUGCACGUUACGAGAGCCUGCUCGUUCGAGCGAGAACUCGUGAACAACAGAUCAGAGAUAUAAGGUCACCGCUUAUCGAAGCUUAUUCACUCCCUUGUGAACAUGACGGUGGAAGACUGACCUGUCCGUUGUGCUCGAAUCGUAAUUGGGCACAAUUGGAUAUCGAUCUAUGGCGGUUGGAAAAAUGGCUCGAAUUUGCGGAAGGUACACAGAGCGAGCAGCAUGUACCACCAAGUGAGAUAGAAGAAUUAGAAGACAUUAUUCAAGACCAUCGUGAAUUUCUUCUGGAUCUCGAUAGUCACAAAAGCAUAGUCGUUAGUCUCAAUAUUGUUGGUACGCAUUUGGCCGACCACACCGAAGACAACGAACGAGCUCAAGAGCUGCGGAAAAGACUCGCAACUGCGAAUUCAAGAUGGGAAAGAGUUUGUCAUUCGGCGGGCACGUGGCAAACUGCAUUGCAAUCUUCUCUCAUGGGAAAUCAACAAUUCCAUCGUAUCGUCGAGGAAUUACUCAUCUGGUUGGAAAAAACUGAAAUUUCCAUUAGAGCAAGUGAACCAAUUGACCUUACGGAGGAUAUUGCUAUUAUUCAAGCUAAAUACAAUAAAUUCCGGGAAUUACGUAGUGAUCUAGAGCGAUGUGAACCUCGAGUCCUUUCGCUCCAAGAAGCGGCGAAUCAUUUACUAGACGAGCACGUCGAAACCCGGAAUCGUCUUCAGGAACUCAGGCUAAGAUUACAAUCGUUACGAAGAUUGACGGGCAUUUACGCGCUCAAACUGGGCGCAGCACUCGGAUUAGAUCCGAAGGACGUCGGUCUUGCGGCCACUUCUUCUUCUCUCGCUUCUUUAUCACACGACCUACUUGACGGAGCGAGUUCGACAACGGGUCAAGCCCACGACGCAUCGAGUGCAGAUGGUGACGAGAGCGAUCGAAGGGUAUUAGCGCGUGGAUAUCGAUUCCUCGGACGUGUUUUACGGGCUUCCCUUCCGAUUCAGGCAUUAAUGCUGCUUUUACUCGGUGUUGCUUCGUUGGUGCCAGCAGCCGAGGAUGAUUAUAGUUGUAUGCUCACGAACAAUUUUGCAAGAACUUUUACACCGAUGGUCGAUUAUCCGAACGGUCCACCACCACUGUAAGCGAGCGAACCCAACAAAACAUGAAGAAAACUAAAAUACCUCCCUUGUCACAAGGACACCACGGUCAUAAAAUAAUUACCGAAAAAAUAAUGAGCCAAUCAAACCAAAAAGCGAGCAACUUUCAUUCGUUAUUUUACUGGCCUACGCCAUCAUUUUUUCUGUAUUUUCACUCAAUAGAGUUCAAAACUCGUUGUCAUCGUCCUGCGGCGUAUAUUUGUACAUAUGCAUAAAUUUAUUCUACCAAUUUGGGCUCGAUUAUCGGCCCACUGACCAGUUCUAAUUUAUUCCUAUUAUUAUUUACUGCAUUAAUAUUAUUAUUCGUUCUUUGUCCCUUCUCGUUACGAAUGUUCAUUCAUUGUUGCGCAAUAUUGUAAUGACCUAUGGCGGCGAUUAAUCACGAGAAAUUUUUCCAUCACACGGUAACGACCUAAAAUUUAACGAACGGUCGAUAUUCGGUCGAACCGAACAAGGCGCCUCAAAAAAAUACAAUAUUGCAUUGAAUCCAUCGUCCGUUAACGUUUGUACGACAUAUUGUAAAACGUUCCUAAGUUUGCUCGAUGCAAGCUCCCUCAGGAUUCAAACGAUUCAUACUUGUACCAUUCACAUUAUUUUUUUAUCAUUUUAAUUAUUUUUUGUUCAAUAAUUAUUGUUUGUUUUUUCUCGGAGAGUGGAACAUUCGAGAAAAAUAACGACUCGACCCGCUGUUUACGAAAAAAUACGAAAAAUUAUUUAACAGUCAACUGCUGUUAAUACGACUCUGUUAUUAACCGAAACGAACAGAAUAAGAAAUAUACAAAUAAACUCAAAGUUAACUCAGCAAAUCCCACGAAACUAUUCAAGAGAUUCCGAACGAAUACGAAAAUAAUGUAACGCACAGGUUUUUUUCUACAUGUCCUGGCGACGUACGUAUAUAAAUGAAUGAAAUAACAAAAAAAUAUAUAUAAAUAUAUAUAUCUCGAGAUUAUAUUUAAAAAAUGCAAGCUAGUAUAUGCUUUAUAAUUGACAAAUUUCUCUCGCUUAUCGCACAGUGAGCUUCGUUGUGUAUUUUUAUAAAGAGCUUAUUAUAAUGACAUGUAUAUGUAUUCGAUAUGCAAAUAUAUUGCGAUGAACACCA